AGUUGUUUACUUAGUUUUGAGCAUGUGUUACCUAACGUACAAAAUGUUUCCUCUUAAUUUUUUUAAGGUUUGGGACUUGCUUAAUGGCAAUGAGAUUACUGGUAUUGAGCUUGAUAGUAAAGCUGAAUUAGUUCGCUUCAGUUCGGACGCGAGGCUAGUUAUAAUUGGAUGUGACGACAAGCGAGUUGUUAUAUGGAAGUGGCAGAACUAUGAUGGAAAGUGGGUGGUCACCUUACCAUCAUCAUUGACCACAUUUGCCGAAAUAGCAUGCGAUGGGAACAUAAUUUACACGUGCAGCCGAAAUAUGAAAGUUUGUCAAAUCGAUCUUGGCUCACUAAAAGUGUCGACUGUUCGUCAAGGGCCCUAUCCAAAUUGUACGCCUUUGGUUGUAUUACCGGACGGCAAAGUUAUAUUGCGCGGGACACUUGGAGAUAGUGGUUUAAGUCGUUGGACACUUUUAACUAACAAUUCGUUCAAACUUGUUGCAGGUAGGUAAAUAGAAAGCUUUGUUUGUAAUUUUCUUAAAUAAUAAUUCACCUAUACAAUGGAAAACAUAAUAUAUUGGGGGGUUGAUGGGGGAGGGAGCGACCAUUCCUCCAAUAUUUUCUGAACGCUUUUUCGGGUUAGUUAAAUAGCUGUGUAUAGCAAAGCUGCAUGUAACAAUAUUUUACAAUCGUGAAAGUACGGGUAGGCUAUAAAUUAAAGCCGCGGUCAAACGAGGAUGAGAGUUGAUGAGAGUUGGUAGUCAGGAAUUAUUAUGGGACACACUUCAAGCUUCAGAUAACAGGUGGGAGAUUUACCUGAGCAUGCGCGAUCAAAAUGAGCCACGCAAUUGCGUGGAAUACAUACAACGCGUGUUUACAAAAAGGCGCAAUUCUGUAAAUAUUGCCAAAUGUUUGGUACAAAAUAAAUGACUGUUUUAUGUUGGAAAUGGACAUGAUCUAAAUUAAUCAUACAGAACUUUUUAGUGACGUUCUAUUUCAGUACCCUGCCAUUGUCCUUGGUGUGCUGUCCGUGUGUGAUUCGAUCUGAAACAGUUGCUACUUUAAUAAGUUCUUUGCUACUUUGCUGUCGAAACAUUUCGAAUGUUUAUAUAAAAAUAGAGGCAAGUCAUGCACUUUAUAACCUCGUAAACUGUAUGAACCCCUAUUUUUACGCUUGUACCUAAGACAUCAAAUAAAUAUACAUGAAACAGAUAACAUUUUUGGAAAGUUUUAUCGUGAGACCACGGCCAGUUUUUAAAUCGAUCUUCAUUUAUUUUCCAGUCAUCACCAAAAUUACACUAGAGCCGGACCAUGAAUAUACAACAAAUUUUGAAUCUCAUCAAGUACAAAAAUAUUUAACAUGUAACCAAAAUAUGCUCAUGAAAUGGAUAGUAAGAGUUAAAUUUUUAAACUAGACACUUCUCAAGGCGGUUUUCAUGAAGGAAGUUUACUUUUCGGCCUUUAGUUUUAGUUUAGUUUUAACAGCUUUAUUGAACGAUGUUCAAACGGCAAGAGUGCGAACGGGACUCAAGCCCGAUGCGAGCCACUCUCCCUCUUGAAUUUCGUUUACAUCUAAUAUCAUUAUUUACAAAAAAAUUAUAAAUUGGUAAACAUAUACCAGCUGAUUAAUUAAUUCAAAUUAGGAAGAUAUUGCACCACAUAAUACAGAUUUGUAUAAUCAUAUUAAAAAUUAGAAAACUGAAUCAGGAUAAAACAAACCCUUACACGAGGAGCUGGUAUAUAUUUACAUCAGAAUUAACUAUUUCUAUGGCAUGAACAGCUACGAUAUAAAGACCACGUACAGCACAUGUCCACAUCAAAACUACUACUUAAUAAAUUGAAGUAUGUUCUUGAUAAGAAGGAUUUAAACGUUGCCAAACUGCGAAGAUCUCUAGGCGAAGCAAUUUUGCAAGUAUGAUUCCAGAGUGGAACAAUACGGUUAAAGAACGAUGUCUGAAAAGUGCUACUUUUACAUGACGGAACUUUAAGCACUAGAGAAGGAUUAUUACAAUUACGGGUACGACUAUGAUUAACAAAUGACACAAAAUUGAAACCAUCCAAAUCAUACAAAAUAUGCAAAGUUUUAAACAUAAAUGUCAGAUCCUUAAUUUCCAAGUCAAACACCAGUGGUAAAAGAUUCAGAGCCAGCAAUCUAUCCUUGUAGGUCAUGUCACCUUUCUUCGAUUGAAGGAUCCAUCUUGUUGCACGCCUUUGGACUUGCUCCAGAUAUAAUUUGUUAUUAUUUUGGGAGGGAGACCAAACCUCUGUGGCAUAGCAUAAUUGCGACUUGACGAGCGAAAGAUACAGAGUGCGCCGGAUACUGCGGUCUGUUAACAAGGGGCAUGUUCUGCUAAGCAAACCCAUCAACCUGUUCGCCUUGACUUUUAUUUUGUUGAUAUGGGUUGUCCAUGAAAGGUUACUGGUCACUGUGAUUCCCAGAUCAACUUCAUCAUUCACACGCUUCAAUUCGGAUGAUCCCAGAUAAUAUUCGAAAAGAAAAGGUGUUUUACGGCGGGAGAAUGUCAAUAUUUUACAUUUUGAGGGAUUAAAGUUGAUGUUGUUAUCCUUACUCCAAACAUCCGCACACGAUAAAGCUUCUUGUAAUUGUGAACAAUCCUCUGGAGUUGAGAUUUCUCUAUAUAAUUUGGUAUCAUCAGCAUACAGUCCUGUUGAUGUAGAUUCAGGAAUGACAUCAGGAAGAUCGUUGAUGAAGAGUAAGAAAAGCAUUGGACCCAAGAUGCUUCCCUGUGGAACGCCAGAAGUGACAGGGGACCAUGACGAAGCAGCACCCUCUACAACAACUCGCUGGGUACGGUUAUGCAGGUAGUCAGAGAACCAUCUGUAAAGGUUUCCUGAGAUACCGUAAUCUUUCAGCUUUCUUAGGAGAAUGGCAUGAUCCACUGAGUCGAAGGCUUUAGCGAAGUCAAGAAAUAGAAUGUCCGUCUGGGUAUUUUUGUCAAGCAAUUUUCCAAUACGAUGUAACGUUGAAAGAAGCUGUGUAGUACAAGAACGGCCUUGAAGAAAUCCAUGCUGAGCUUCGUUAAUCGAAUCUCGGAUAUGUUCGUAGAAACGAUUACAAACGCAUCGCUCCAAGACUUUGCUGAUGAUAGAUAGCAGUGAAAUUGGACGGUAGUUGAUAGCUAGUUCUUUCUUAUCUUUCUUAUGAAUUGGUGAAACAUCAGCUGAUUUCCAUUCAGAUGGAACAGUACCAGUAUGUAAUGACUGAUUAAAGAGUGAGCAAAGACUUGGGGCAAUGGCAAACUGCAUUCCCUCAAUACCCGAGCAGGAAUACCAUCUGGGCCUGUUGCCUUAGUUGGAUCCAAGUGUGCAAGAUGAUGGGCAACUUCUUCUUCCGAGACAGUCAUGUCAGACAAUCGUUCCACAGGCGACAGUAAGACAGGUGAAUCAUCAGUGAUAGGUAAAGCUUUAAGUGGUCGAAAAACGGAGCAAAAGUAUGAAUCCACCACUUCAGCGGUAAAACGCACGUGUAAAUUCCAAAGGUGUCACGUGGUACAAAAUGUAAACCUUGCGGACAUUCGCUCUGUUGUGUAAUAGGAGUUAAUAUGGCGCUCACUAUCGUUUGUGAUUUGAAUUGCAAAUUUAUAUUGUAAUUAUUGUAUAUUUCGGUGUUGUUAUACUACAAAUAUAAAGAAAAAUGUCUAAAGAUUCUAUAUCAGAUAUUAACGGCGUUGUAGUUCCUAAAAAUCAAUUGCUUUGAAACGACGGCGGUGCAUAUAGUAAUUUUAAUGAUUAUAGUGAUUUAAUAUGGUUGCGACGAAGAGAUGCGCUUGGGGAACAUUUACUGUAAAGAUUAUUUUCGCUACCCACAUUCGAUGGAUAAGAAUAAGAAUGGCCAUCCUGUAUAUUUCUAUCGCUUCCCAGCACCAAAAAGAUCACAAGAGAAGCGGUCGCGUUGGAUAACAGCCGGUCAUCGAGGCAAUAACUUUACUUGUUCUAUAGAGGAAAGCUAUAUUUGCAGUUUGAUAAUUUUGUGGGCCACUUGGUGAAACGUCACCGAGUCCCACCAUAGAUAAUAUUGUCCACAAUGAUGACUGCGAAUCUUCCACAAAAGAAAAUGCAACAAGGGUAAUUAUCUGAAAUUUACCAUAUUAUUAAAGUUGCAGAAUAGAGUAUAUUUCUCAUCACAUUGCAUAAUGUAGUUUUAUAUAGGGCUAAGAUUGGUAAAGUGUGAGUAUUUUUAAGUACCUUGUUGGUAAAUUAUGAAAGGUAGUCAAACAGACAAAAUUCUAUUUUAGACAAAAUUCUGUUUGAAAAGUGGGGGAGGGGGUGGCUCUCCCCCUGUCCCCAGAAUUUACACUACCUAUCUUUAUAACAGUAACCAAAAAUCAAUCUUUUCCCAUAUAUAUAGCCAUCAAAAUCUUAGAAUUAAGUACUUUGUCUCUGACAAUGGAAUUUAUAGGAAUAUAGCCUGUUUUAUAUUUGCAUUUUUUUAUUACUAGACUUUAAUUUCUGCAUGCAAAUGAUAUUUUAUUACACCAAAACCCAAAAAUGGUUCACCCAAAUCUGUUUAUGCGACUAGUGGAAAAUAAGGAUAAAACUUAUCAUUAUACAGGUAAUAUAUAUAUAUAUAUAUAUAUAUAUAUAUAUAUAUAUAUAUAUAUAUAUAUAUAUAUAUAUAUAUAUAGCUUAAGGUUUUGGUUUACGAAACACAAACAGUGCUCAAUACCAUAUAGAUAGAGCGUAAUAUAGUUUUUCGUUUUACCUCAAAUAACCACAACAGUCUGUUUCAUCCGUAUAGGAAUCAUCAGGUGGUCAGGUGGACAUAUAUAUAUAUAUAUAUAUAUAUAUAUAUAUAUAUAUAUAUAUAUAUAUAUAUAUAUAUAUAUAUAUAUAUAUAUAUAUAUAUAUAUAUAUAUGCUUAUAAUACACUCACAGUGCAGGAUUGUCCAAAGAUUGUCUGGAUUUUAUAUUUAGUACAUUUAGGGGCGUCGGAAGCAGUGGGAGGGGCGAGCCCCGACUUUUUAGUUGAGGGCUUAAAUAUCUUUGCCCCCCCCCCCACUUUUUAACAAUGGUCAAUAAUAGACCACAAAGUUAAUUGAUAUUAUUUCAGUUAUGCAUCUAGACAAAACAAUGUGAGAUAUUUUAUGACAUUUUGUUACCAUUAGAACUCUGUAAAUAUUCUUCUAAAAGUGCAGGAAAUGGCAUUUCAGACACUCUAGUUUCAAUUUUUUUUUCAGGAGGAUAGGGAAAUAAUUCAGCAUAUACAUAUCAAUAUAUUUUAAAGUUUUGUAAUGACCGAAGAAAGCCAAGGUACCAUUAGCCAGUGUACAGACUCAACCCAAAUUUUUUAAAUGCCAACUUGAGUUGAAUUUUCUAUUGUAUCCCAGCCUGUGUGCAGAUAAACUCAACCUGAAUUUCAUAAUUCUCAACACAAGUUGAGUAUAUUACCUGUAUAAUGAUAAGCUUUAUCCUUAUUUUCCACUAGUCGCAUAAACAGAUUUCGGCGAAACAUUUUUGGGUUUUGUAGCAUUUUGUUGGUGUAUAAUACAACAUAUUUGCAGAAAUUAAAGUCUAGUAGUAAAAAAAAGAAUGCAAAUAUAAAACAGGCUAUAUUCCUAUUAUGUCCAUUGUCAGAUACAAAUUACUUAAUUAUAAGAUUUUGAUGGCUAUAUAUCUAUGAGCAGAGAUUGAUUUUUGGUUACUGUUAUAAACAGGGGUUGUGUAAAUUCUGGGGGAUAGCCACCACCCUCCCCACUUUUCAAACAGAAUUUUGUCUAAAAUAGAAUUUUGUCUGUUUGACUACCUUUCAUAAUUUACCAACAAGGUACUUAAAAAUACUCACACUUUACCAAUCUUAGCAUUUUCUUUUGUGGAAGACUCACAGUCAUCAUUGUGGACAAUUUUAUCUUUGGAGGGACUCUGUGACGUUUCACCAAGUGGCCCACAAAAUUAUUGCAAACUGCAAAAUAAUAUAGCUGUCCUUUAUAGAACAAGUAAAGUUAUCGCUUGAUGACAGACUGUUAUCCAACGCGACCGCUUUGGUGCUGGGAAGCGAUAGAAAUAUAUAGGAUGGCCAUUCUUAUUCUUAUCCAUCCAAUGUGGGUAGCGAAAAUCGCUUUUAAAUGUCUACCUCAAGCGCAUCUCUUCGUCGCCAACGUUAAAUCACUAUAAUCAUUAAAAUUACUAUAUGGACCGCCGUCGUUUCAAAGCAAUUGAUUUUUAGGAACUACAACGCCGUUAAUAUCUGAUAUAGAAUCUUUAGACAUUUUUCUUUAUAUUUGUAGUAUAACAACACCGAAAUAUACAAUAAUUACAAUAUAAAUUUGGAAUUCAAAUCACGAACGAUAGUGACCGCCAUAUUAACUCCUAUUAUACAACAGAGCGAAUGUCCGCAAUGUUUACAUUUUGUACCACGUGACACCUUUGGAAUUUACACGUGCGUUUUACCGCUGAAGUGGUGGAUUAAAAAGUUCUGCUUUUUGUUUUGGGGUCGUCGCUGUCUCAUCGUUGUGUAAUAUGACAGGAUUCAAUGCUGAACGGUGGUGGAGUGCCGCUUUAUGGUAAUUCCAAAACAAUUUCGGAUUUUCUUUAAAUGAAAUUUCAAUUUUGUCCAAAUACUUUUUAUGUUUCUUUCGAAUAACAUUCUUGACUUGCUGACACAAUGUCCGGAGUUUAACUUUACGUUCAGGCGUUUUCUUCAAGCGAUAUUUACGUAAGGCGGUGUACUUUUUUCGGAUUAGAUGGCGAACUUCUCCAUCAAUCCAGGGAGGAGAGUUGGUAUUCUUAACAACUUUGGUCGGAACAUAACUUGACACAACUGAUAAAAAUAAGUCCUUCCAAUGUUUCCAACAAUCAUCAAUGUUGUCGGAAAAAGAUACACGGAGAUCUGUUUGAGACAAGGCUUUACAAAGUUCGGGAAAGUUAGCUCGGUUGCAAUCAUAGACUGUUCGCCGCACAGGUUUUGCUUUUCUGAACUUUGUACGAAUAAGGAAUUCAAUAGUAUAGUGAUCAGACGGAAAGUUAUGUUCAUUACAGGAGAGAGUUAUCGGACAGGGUUUCGGUACGAUUACAAAACAGCAAAUCAAGCUUAUUUCCAGCACGGUGGGUUGGGCCAUCAACGAACUGAUACAGAAAAUUAUCGCCGAUAAGUUCACAAAGGUUUUCACCAUUGUAGCAUCCACCAGUGUUAAUAGGAGUUGAUGGGCUGUCUGACCAGGAGAUAGAAGGAAUAUUAAAGUCACCAACUAGGAUUAUGCAACAUGACUCCGGGUUACUUGCUAUGGAGUUGUUUAGAAGAUUGAGACCGGCAUCAGGAGAGGAGUUGGGAGGACGGUAAUACACAUAAAGAAUUACUGGUUCAUUGUUCCCAUUAUUGAGUUGAACUACAGCAAGUUCAAUGCCAUCUCUUUCGAGGUCACAACGCAGAGUAGCAUGUAGUUUUCUUUAAUCGCGAUUAGAACUCCACCGCCAAUUCUCCCCGUCCUGUCCCGACGAAAAAUAUUGAAACCCGGGAGCAGUUCCGUAUCAAGGAUCGUACUGUUCAACCAAGUUUCCCAAAUACAGACAACUUCAUAUUCACCACUGUGAACCAACUCCUGCAGUAAGGUUAUUUUGCAAACUUUAUUUGAAGUGUCAUUGUCAGCAGGGACGAAAGACUUCAAACUUCGGGCGUUUAAGUAAAGGACUUUAAGAUCGCUAGGAUUAGUUUUACACGGCUUAGCAGGAAUGGGAUUGGAAGGACCUGGAUUUAGUUGCUCGUCGUUUGCCAAGAGGACCAACAUUAGUAGUAAAGACGAUCUUUGUAGUAAGGCAGAUGCAUUUCGAACAGUUCGAAGAAUAGAUAGUGACGUCGAAUCUUUUCUCAUACGACGGGCUUGAGAAUAACAAGGAGAAGUUAGAAUGUUUGUAGACGAGUAAAAUAAUGUCUUACGAUCUUCAUUUGUGAAACGAACCACACGGAAAAUCAACCAAGCAAAAAGAACUGUAUAGACUGUUUUGAGAAAGAUCAUAUUUUAAAUGUUAUAAAACGAUGUAAAUAAUAUUCAAGGGUAAACCCCGCACAUAUUGUACAUGUUGGAAAGCGAUAAUAGAGCAAUGAUAAUAUUAAUCUUGAGGGUAAUGUCAAAGUUCAAACAGGUAAUUCCAAAGAUAAAUGACUUUGUAAUUAUGUAUUUAUAACGUUGUUGCCAUGACGAACGACGCUAGAUGCGAAUAAUUCAAAAAAUUCCAACGGUCAAAAUCAUAAAAACGCGUAUUAUUGAAAUUUUCUUUAUCACAAAAACACCAACAUUGAUACGAUAAUAUGAACAAAGUACUUAUACAGUACAGAAAAUGUUAGACAAAUCGAAUGAACAGUGAAGACCAAUUAGCCAGCAGUAAUGACGAAUCAGUAAAUGCAACACAACACAACAGACAAUGACCACGUCCACGGUAAUAUAAUUCCAAAUAAAUGCGUAAAUUCACAGGGCCCACUAGCGAAUAUCUCAAAAUAUAUACCAACAGAGUCACCAACAAGAGCCUUUGAUUCUUGGCAAAAAUUUGACCACAACACGUGCGAAGCAACUGGGUCUCAAAGACUUAGCUAAAACAUUGUGAGCCCCUAUUUUCCAUGACGAUAUGUUUGAUAAUUAGAAACGCCGAAAAAGCUUUUCUUUUCAUUUAGCUAUAUUUGAAAUUGAGGCCACGGGUUAUUUUUAAGAAAAUACAGUUCAAAGUCAAGCUAUUUUUACAUAUUUUCAAAAUUUAUUAAAUUUUGCGAGCUUGUAUUUUGAACUUAGACCACUGAAAUUACAUUAACAAACAUACGAUAGAAAAUUUGAAGCAUAUAAAGUUAAUUUCAACUUAUAUUUCAUUCUCAUAUCACGUUUUUCUUCGUUUAUUACGGUUUUAAACAAGCCAUAGCUCGAUGUAUACACCAUUCGCCCCUAUCAGUGUUCACGUCGCCCUAAUCACUUCUUUCAAUCACUGCAUUACAAAACAAAUCAUCCCAAAACAAAAAAUUCUUGAUCGAUUUUUAAAAGAAUAAGCGUUAAUUUGUAAAUCGUUGAAUGGAAAGCAAAAAAUCGUCAGCUAAAACAGCUUCUUGCUAACUUUCUGCUUUGUUUUGAAUGUAAAACGCAAUAGAGCUUUGUUUCUGCCCGCGAAUUUUUGGUCAGCGACGACAAAUUUCAUGCCUGUUGCUCCAGAUUAAAAAAAAUAAAAUUUUGAUUAGGUUCCAACUAUGUUUUAAUUUUUAUUAUAUACAUGACAAAAUACUGCUAUUUGAUUGGUUAAAGGAGUGCAAUUAUUUUAUUAAUUAUUUAUCUUCUGUAAUCAGUGGGAAAUACUGUUUCAUUGGUUUACAGGAGUGCGAUUUGAGCAUUAAUCGCACCUUCUCUGAGCUGUAAUUGCACUCUUGUCGACAACCAAUGAAAAUCAGUCUAGUAUUUACAACUAGCCAAUCAGCAUUCAGGAUACAAACAUUAAAUUUUAUUUUCAUUAUUGCUGUAAAAAAUUUCAAAAUGGAGGAAUUCAGAAAUUUUGAAAAUUUUGACCUUUUAAUUUUUAAUUUUUAAAAUAAAUUAUAUAUUUUCUGACGAAAAUGACCUACCUGUUCUUCCAGCAGACACCGAACUAGGCACAACCAGCGGUUAUAUUUGAAUCAGAUUCAGAUUAAACUGAACUAAAGAACUUCACUAUUUUGAACACGUUAUAAACAUGCAAACAUGACUUCCAAAUUGUGUGUUGAAUAAUUCAAACAAUGUUGUCAUGUGAUUAUACCGGAAAUAAUACCCGGAAGUUCAUAAUAAGUUAAUUUGAUUAUGAUAAAUUUAAUUCAAAAUUGUACUACUUCACUAAGAAUCAGAGAAUUGUCGUAAAAAAAUUUAAUGGUUAUAUUGAAUUUUAAAAAAUUGUAUUAUUGCGCUUUCCCCCCUUAAACAGUUUGAUUACAGAAGAUAAAUAAUUAAUAAGUAAUAGAACAAAUUAAGUCGUACUAUUAAUGCCAUAAUCAUACUCGUGAUUAACAAAUCAACCUCCCGCUACGCGGUCGGUUGAUUUUGUAAUCAUUCGUAUGAUUAUCGUUCUAUUACCAUCAUUAAUUAUUUAUCUUCUGUAAUCCGUGGCAAAUACUGCAAUUUCAUUGAUUUACAGGAGUGCGAUUUGAGCAUUAAUCGCACCUUUUUUGAGCUGUAAUCGCACCCUUGUCUACAGUCAAUGAAAAUCAGUCUAGUAUUUACAAUUAACCAAUCAGCAUUCAGGAUACAAACUUUGAAUUUUAUUUUCCUUAUUUCUAUAAAAAUUCUCAAAUGGAGGAUAAUAAUUAUAUUGAAUUUUAACAAAUUGUAUUUUUGUGUUUUUCCCCUUAAACUGUUUGAUUACAGAAGAUAAAUAAUUAAUAAGUAAUAGAACGAAUUAAAGUCGUGCUAUUAAUGCCAUAAUCAUACUCGUGAUUAACAAAUCAACCUCCCGCUACACGGUCGGUUGAUUUCGUAAUCAUUCGUAUAAUCAUGGCAUUAAUAGAACUCCUAUUCGUUCUAUUACUGUCAUUAAUUGGACUUUUCAGGAGUGCAAUUGAUGAUUUUGAUCAUGGCUGGGGGGAGCAGGAAAUCAAAACAACAAAAAUCCAAUAUGGCGACGAAAUUUAUGUUGUACAAAUAACAAACGGCUUACAAAAGAAUUAAAAACUCUUGACAAAAUGCAGACUUGAAUUUUAAAGGAAUCGAUUUGGUCAUGCAUAUAAUAAAUAAAUAAUCACAUGGGCAAGUUGUGCAGUUAAUCAGUAACAACUAGUACUCGUGAUUUUUGAAGAAUGUGCCAAAUUGCACUUACUUCGGCUGCUCGUGCAAUUUUGGCACAUUUUUCAAAAAUCACUCGUAAUUUUAAUCAUUAACUGCACUUUUUCCGUGUGAUUACCUAUGCAAAUAGAAUACAUAAUAGUGUUGCCAACUUUCAUGCACUUUCAUCCUCAUGUGAUCCGGGCCCAAGCAAAUUUGCGGCAAAAAUGUUCAACAACAUGAAAUUUACAGCAACAACAGCUAGGAUGUUAAUAUGGUGCGAUUCAACAUACAGUACAAUCCAAAGUGUAUGCCACUGUGAAAAAAAAACAGAAAAAGGUCAUGACCGUCAACUUUAAGCUGGACUUUAAGUGCGGUGAUAAAUGAGAUUUAUACAGCUAGUAAUACAGUUUUUUGAAGUAAUAGUUUUUAUGCCUUCCCUCUGAACUAGCGAAUAUUAAAGAUUAAUUAAAGAUAGUACUUCCCUGGCAUUUAGACUUGAGUGUUGCAUUUCCUGCGCUCUGUUUGCUGGGCCAAGUAUUAAUAUUACACACGCAUCAAGCCAUUCAACACGUAGUUCAAUCUCGUACCCAGAGCAAUGUCUGUGCGCAGGCUAGGAUGGCAUUGGCUCUGGGGAAAUUGACAACCGGAACCGUUAAAUUUAGGGGUUCCUGUUCUUUGUCGGCAUGCACGAUUGAUAAACGUUAAACCAAUCACAGCAAAGAAAUAAUUCAAUUUCCCCAGAGCCAAUGCCAUCCUAGCCCGCGCACAGGCAUUGCUCUGGGUAAGAGAUUGCACGUAGUUGGGUUAAUCUGGCUGGGGUAACGAUUCCACCCAGCAGGUUUAUUAAUAUUUAACUUUCAAAGAUAAGGAUUCAUAUAAUACACCGAAUUAAAAUGUUCUAAAACAAUUCUGUCCAGGAAAGGUGAGGGCAAAAUUACGCCAUUACUUACAAAAUAGACAAUUAACAUUAAUAAUAAUAGCAGAUGCAAACAUGGAGAGGAGGUGGGUCAUUAAUAAAUUUUGAUAUUUUCGCACAGUGGUAUUAAUUUGCCGGUAGACUCAGUGCGACUGAUGUGAACUGCACAAAAGUAUGGACUAUAAUUAACCCCCUUUUUCAGCCAUCUGCUUGAACAUUUCGCACCCUAGGGACAUUCUAGCCAUUUCCUUCGUAUGACAAUUCUUAUCUUACCACCACCUGCUUAUGAAUUAUAAUAACCAACCUAUCUACCCCAAUGUCUCAGGCGGAAAGGCAUAAGAUUCCUAUUAGCAAGCAAAUAUUGUAUUUCUGUUAUGUGUAAAAUUAAGAGCUAUUCGUGAAAGGAUCAAGCUGCAGGAAUUAUGUUCAAAAGCACAAUGGCUGUUCAUAUCUCCAUCUUGGACUUCUUUAUCAAUCGUAUAGCUGCGCGUUCAUUAUAUUAUGUUUUUAAACCAAUAUAUUUUAUUACACAUUACGUACAAUUACGUACACAAUCUCAGUUUUGGUUAGUUGCUAGCCUACUUUCCUCCGCAGAGGCUUUGUAGUUUGUUUCUUUCUCUAUGAGUUUGGUUUGUUUCUGUAAGUUUGACUUGGGGGCGUAAGCUAUGCGAAGUAGCUAUGGGUAGUAACUAUAGGCAGUAGCUAUGGGCAGCAGCUAGCUAAGCCAGGAAGUGGGCGCAGGGGGAGGGGGAGUGACGGAAACUUUGGAUGUCCACUAAUAUUUAGCUGUGCAAAAAUUUGGAGCAUAGCUAUUGCAUUUUCUUGGACACCCUGUAUUACUUGUACCUCGAAUUCUAUUUCCUCAUAGGUUAACUCGUAUGCAAGAAGGUUUUAUGCUUAUUCACUUCAAAUAACAGCAAAUAUUUUACCACUUUCAGGUCAUUCUGACGACUCGAUAGUUACUGCAAUUGACAUCACAUCGAAUGGGAAAUUAGUUCUGACCGGAAGCAGUUCAGGAACAUUAUCGCUGGUGAGCUUGGAGGAUUAUCAGGCAGUUGAGACGUUCGCAACGACAGAAGCUGGAGUCGGUGUACGUUUAGUUUGCAUAUUAAGUGAUGAAGCCCGUUUUGUAUUUAUUGACCAGACAAACAGAGUAGAAUUAAGAGAUUUUUAUAAUAAAGAGGUUGAGUUACUAUUGGAUCAACCAGCUGUUAAAGUGACAUGCAUUACUGCUCUUGGUGUAGACUAUGUAUUGCUUGGUUGUGAAAACGGAGAAUUGUCAUUAUUUAAUUUAUAUGUUAAACAAAAAAAUUAUAAACAUCAAGCUCAUUCUAAAGCCGUUUCUCAAGUUAAAAGCGUCCCAGUUAGUUUGCUACAUUUUGUAUCGGGCUCUGCCAGUGGGUGUGUAAAACUUUGGUAUGUUACAGAAACCGUGCCGCCUUUGUGGAGUCAAAUUUGGUCACAUGACAAUGUUUACCCGCAUCCCAUUACCGCUCUAACUUUCGUGCCUGACUCCGGGGACAUUGUGAUUGGUUCCUUCUAUGGCAACAAGGUAUGUUAAGUUUUUUUGUUUUUUUUGAAUGAAUGAAUGAAUAUAUUUUUGCCACAUAUAUAUCAAUUUCCAUCACUUAGCAAGACAUACACAUAUGGUACACAUCACACAAUUUAAUUAACCUACUAAACAUAAUAAUAAAACAUUACGAACUAAUUGUGGCGAGGACGUCCAAAGUGAAACCACGAGGCUUAUAAAUUUGGACUACCUCAAUAGCGCAUGUAUAUCAUCAUUUAAAGAAAAUAGUGAUUACGUAUGACAUAUAAAUAAGACAUUUAUAUAUAAAAAGAGAAGAAAAAUCGUUUUAACUUAUCCUGAAAUUUAUAUAUGCAUGAAGAAUUGCAAAUAUCAGAAGGCAAUGUGUUGUAGAAUUUUGGACCCUGAUAGUUAACCGAAAACAAACGUAUAUUUGUCCUGCAAUAAGGAACGUAGAGAGUAUCAACUUUACGUGUUGCAUAAUUAUGAAUUUUGUUAACUUCCAAAAAUGAAUUUUCAAAACAUCGUGGAAGACACUCAUGCUGGUAUUUAAAAAUUAAUUUUCCUAACUCAAAGAAAUAAAUAUCUUCAAAUUUAAGCAAUUUGUAUUUACAAAAAAUAGGUGUAGUAUGUACACUAAACCCUUGUUUAUCAACUAUUCGCACCACUCGUUUUUGCAAAACGACAAGACGUUUAGUAUUGCUAGCAUACGUAGAACCCCAAACUGUGAUACAAUACUGAAGAUAAGGAUAUACCAGUGCAAAAUAUAACAUUCGCAGUGCUGAUUUGAAUAAAUAGAAACUCGAUCUAUAAAUAAUGCCAAUUGAUUUGGAAAUUUUUCGUGCAACAUGAGCUAUAUGAGCUUUCCAUGUUAAAUUUUCAUCCAAAAUGACACCUAAGAAACACACCUCAUUAACUCUAGUUAUAGUUAUUUGAUUGAUUUGUAAAGUAAGAUCAAACGUUUGCUUUUUCUGCCUGGUUUUAAAUAUAACAUAAUUAGAUUUGGGUAUAUUAAUGGAAAGUUUAUUGGCCCGAAACCAGUCUGAAAGCAGACGAAGUUCGGAGUUAAUAAUAUUCGUCAAAGACGAUAUAUUAUCAUGAGAAUAAAACAAAUUAGUAUCAUCGGCAAAAAGAAGAAAAUCACCAUGCUCAGUAACUUCACUAAUAUCAUUAAUAUAAAUAAGAAACAACAGAGGGCCAAGAAUUGAUCCUUGAGGUACCCCACAUCGUACUUCUUUAUACAAGGAGGAAACACCAUUAUAUUCUACAUAUUGUAACCUAUGGGAUAAGUAACUUCGGAACCACUCAAGGACCACGCCUCGUAUGCCAUAAUGCUCAAGUUUGGAAAUUAAUAUUUCAUGAUCAACUGUGUCAAAAGCUUUAGAUAAGUCAAGAAAAAUACCAAUAUUGUGCUUAUUAGCAUCAAUACCGGAUGAGAUUUUAUCAUAAAGAUUUAUAAGUGCGUGCGAAGUUGAGUAAUUUUUCCUAAAUCCAUAUUGGUUUUUAAAUAAAAUAUUAUUAUCAUUAAUAUACUUUAAUAAUCUAUUGUAGACGACUUUUUCCAUUACCUUAGAAAAGACUGGUAAGACCGAAACUAGUCUAUAAUUGGAAAACAAAAAAUUAUCACCAGUCUUAAAUAUCGGAACUAUCCGAGCAAUUUUCAUUUGGUCUGGGACAAUACCACUUAUAAUAGACGAAUUCAUAAGUUCGCACAAUGGUUCUGAAAUGAGAUCAAUAGAAUUCUUAACUAUCUUGAUAGGAAUGUUAUCAUAGCCUGGAGCUGCACCAGAACGAAAUGAAUUUACUAUUUCAACAAUUUCCUCUUUAGAAACUGAAUUCAAAAAUAGGGAAUUUAAAAAAUUUCCAUUGAGAUAAGAACAGGCAGUCCGUGAGGAAUUAGGUAUUUCUUUAGCCAAAUUAAAUCCAAUAUUAGUGAAAUAUUCGCAGAAGCGAUUAGCAAUAGCGGUUGGAUCAGAAAAAUCUUGAUUAUCACAAGAAAACAUAGAAGGAAAGUUAUUUCGAGAUUUCUUUCUAUUUGUCACCUCAUUAAGUAUCUGCCACGUUUGUUUGAUGUUCGAGGUGGAAUUUCUUAAUUUAUUUUCAAAAUAUAAACGUUUGGCUAUCCGAAUAGAGUGGUUGAGUUUAUUUUUGUAAUUUUUGUGUAUCGUAUUAUUUUCGCACGUAGGUUUCCGUAAAUAUUUCCUAUAAAGAUUAUUUUUCUUUUUUAUCGACUUUAAAAGUCCUUUGGUCAUCCACGACUUACAAAGUUGAUCUACUUUUUUGGUCUUUUUUUUCAAAGGGAAACAUGAAUUAAACACCCGAGAAUAUUCACGUAAAAAUUCAUUGUAAGAAUUGUUUGGGUCGGUAGAUCCACAGAAUAUCAUCCAGUUAACGUUUGCUAAUUCAAUACGAAGUUUUUGCAAAUUUUCGUUAUUAUAUUCCCGGUAAACCGCAUAUGAAUUUUCAUUCGCUUUGUUAAACUCGUCUUGAAUAUACAAUAAACUAAAAACAGGUAGAUGAUCGGAUAUAUCAGUGAAAAUCAAGCCACUAAACAAGCAAUUAUCCAGGUCGUUAGUAAAUAUGUUAUCAAUUAAUGUGGCAUUAAAUGAAGUAAUUCUAGUGGGUCGUGUUAUUAAAGGAAAAAACAUAUUAGAGUACAUAAUAUCUAGGAACUCAUUAGUUAAUUCAUGAUUUUUAUAGUUCAAUAAAUUAAUAUUAAAAUCACCCAUUAGGUAACAAAUUUUAUUUUCUCUAGCAAUUUUAGUGAUUAAAGUAUCGGUAUUUUGAACGAAAGCAUUAACAUCACUAGCCGGGGGACGAUAAACAACACCUAUAACAAUGUUUUUUCCCUUGGGUUUUAAAACUUCGAUAAACAAUGAUUCGGCACAUUCAAUAUCAUCGUAACAUAAAUCACUUCGCAAUUUGAAAUUCAAAUGAUCAGAAAAAUAUAAUCCGACACCACCACCUGUUCUAUUAUGACGGGGGUUAUGAAUAAAUCUAUAACCAGGUAUAUCCAUUAAAGUUUCUGAGUCUUUAAGCCAAGUUUCAGAAAGUCCAAUAAAAGUAAAAUUAAUAUUAAUUUUUAACAAAAGAUUUGAAAAAUUAUCAAAAUUUCGUUGCAAACUCCUAAUAUUUAGGUGUAAGAACGAUAAACUAUUAGAAAUACCUUGAGAACGCAAUUUUGCAUUAAACCCAUCCUCAGUAUAGUAAUCACAGUUGUGAGCGCCUGAAUAGUAAUUGAAAUCUGGAUCCAAACCACUACCGAUUGUAAACUGAUCAAUAGUCUUAUUAAACGAAGUAUUUAACGGAUUAAAAAUCAAAUUUGAAAGUCUGUUUUCAUCGUAACUAACAGGGCCAUUCUGUAAUUCAUAAAUCGUAUGAUCAAAUUCUUCAUCAUUAAGACUAUAAAAGACUAAGACUAAGAAUCUAAGAAUACUAAGACUAAGAAUCGAAGUUAACUAAUUAUUUGACACACAACAGAAGUCACAUAACUGGUGUAGGUAAAUACUAAUUCCUAGUGUCCAGUUUAAAUUCGUCAAAUUCUUUAAUUGAGGAAAAUGAAUAAACUCUAGAUUCCUGGCUAUUAUUUUUCCUUAAAAAUACCUUUCCAUUAGCUGUCCAAACAAAUUUAAAGUUAAAGUCUCGCUUGAAUGCUCUCACUGCUCGGAGCAGUGACCUACCCCUUUGUGUCAGGCUUUCAUUUAAAUAAAUUUUGACUUCUUCAUUCAAACCCAAAUCAAGCGAGGAUUUAUUCCGUAGAUUGCUUUUUUUACUCAGCAUCGCAUUACGAAUAUCUCGUCUUGAGAACUUGACAAUUAUUGGAGCAAUGAACCCUUCUCUUGCCGAUAGUCGGUGACUUAUAGAAAUAUCCGACUCUUUAAUGUUCACACCUAACAAUUGUCCAAUUGCAAUAAUAAUUUCGUUUGUAUUUUCCCCAGUCGAAAUUGGGACUCCAUGUAUUUCAAGCAUAUCUCUUCGAGUAUAUUCUCUGAGGCUUUCCAAAUCGACGUCAAGUGUUGUAACAUAACCCUCAAGGUUAUCAAUUCUCUUCUUAAACGACUCGUUUUGUGAACGUAACUCAUGAUUUUCAGCCUUCAAGAUAUCAACUGAAUUAGCUAGCUCAUCAAACUUAGAGCUAAUGAAUUCUUGACUGGCUUUAAUAUCAUCCAAAUCCGAUUUAGUAGAAGUUGUAAACUUUUCGAACAUUUCGUUAAUUGAUUUAGUCUGUUGUUGUAGGCGUCUAUCAAGAAACGAUUCAAGAUCACUUCGUACUUCAUCAUUUUGAUCACUUGUAUGGGAAUCUUCUGCAAUAACAUCAGAUUUGUCUUCAAUUCUUGAAGCAGUCUUCUCAGUAGCAAUAUUUCUCUUUUUUGGUGGCAUAUUUCUUAUCAAACGAAUACAAAUAAUACAAAUACAGCGGAGCAGAAAAGCACACGUCUGCUCGUCACGGCUCGAUGCACUAUCAUAAGCUAGACUAUAUUGACCGCUUAAGAGUAGUAUAGGAACUGAGGGUUCUAGACCACUUUUUCGGCCCGCGAUCACACCCAACUUCCGGUCAGCGGUUUUCAUAUUUUCCCCCACCCAAUCGCAGGCUCAUAUUUUUCUAGACCAUUUUCCCGCCUAUUUUUCCCCUCACUUUUAUCUAAUAUUUUUUGGCAUUAUUUUAUCUAUUAUUUUUGUAAUUUCAUUUUUCAAGACAAUUUUCUCAGCUCCAUUUAAUUCCUAUUAUAAUUUUAUUUUUACAUCUUAACUCAAUAUCCAAUGAGCACCUUCUUUGAGCUGUUCCCUGGAUCUAUCUUAAAGGCUUUUGCACCCAGUGUUCUGUACAGCAGUUUUGCUGCCUUCUUGUAUUCCCCCGGUUGGGCACUUAGGUUUUUCCUUAGAUGAUUGGUAUCAGUUGCCAGUACCCUUAACUGAUCCAGCUUUUUGAACUUCCACCUUCUAAGUGGCACCGCACACGUCGGCUGUGGUCUUGGAAUGUAAGAUUCGUUUCCAGGUUUGAAGCCAGACCUUUGACCUCCGUCAUUGUUAUCGAAUACAUCAUCUUCAAGUUCUAGGUUAUAGAACUCUUCCGUUGCGUACUUUUCCAGCCAAGUCUCUUUUCAACCCUCCAGCCAUUUCUUAUACGACUCCGACUUUUUCUCACCAAAUCUUAAGAUUAGUUCCUCCGACCCAUUUACCAGUUCUGGUGUUUGUAUUUUUACUUCCCUACCGCAAACUCCAUCGUAUGCGACUUCAGCCUUUUCAAUUGUCCAGUUUUCUUUUUUCAGUGGUCUUAGCUUUAUUAUUGGCCACUUUUGUUCUACUCUUUCUACUAUCUUCACUUCCUUCUUUAGAUCUUCAAUUGAGUGGUGUCCGUAAGCAUAACUUGUGACGCCAUCUUCAAGUAAAUAUCGUUUAUCGUCGAAACAGCUAAGGGUGAUUUUCUGUAGCAUGUAAGUUCCAAUCUUGUGUUUUAUGCUUCUGAUCGUGUUCAUUACAUGUCUCAUUCUUCCUUUAGUCUUGAUGACAUUUUUGAAGUUCUGAUGAGUGAGCUUGUUUUUGAUCACGUACUUUUUUACACCUUUUGCUGUCAUUCCACCUCCACCACUCUCCUUAACAUAAGAGUACAUCUUUGACCUUAGUCCCACGAACUCAGUCACUGGUACCCCUUCAGCUUCAUUCUUAAACUUCCCGAUUACCUUCUUGUUACAGUCUGAGUAAUACGGAGAAUCUUUGGGAUAAUCUGAGUUGUCCCAACAAUCUUUCUCUUCACCGAUCCUCUUGAAGUCCUUAUACACGUCAUCAGUCUUGAUCUCAUACAUGAGACUAUCAGUGUCAGUAAAGAGGAGCUUAGACUUGUCACCGUAUUCUUUUUUAAUCGUGUUGUAGUGAAAGUCAUACAUCAGAGUUUUUGAUAAAUCUAAAAUACUCAUUCCCACAUAACACGGCUUGUUCAGGGUUAGAACUUCCUUUAACCUUUUAACUACAAUCAGACUCUCAUUCAUAAUUCUAUGUGAUUGGAAGCAAGGAGACGCUGUCAGUUUAAGUAGAUCGUUUUCCGACGACACCAACUUCACAUCAACUCUCUUCCUCAGGUUCUCCAUAGUUUUUCCAUAUAUGGAAUUAUUCAUGAGCUUGAAGAAGUUCUUUUCAAAGGCAUUCUUAGCUUUUGAUCGUUUUUGGGUAUUGAAGUCAAUAUACUGUUUCAGCCAAGUUGACUGCUUGAAAGAAACUGCUCUGUGAAUCUUCGUAAGUUUCAUUCCAAGUUCCAUAUACAGUUUUAGAUUCCUGACAUGUAAGACGUAGUUCUUUCUCGGGCCCAGAGAAUUCACCAGCUUUCUUACACCUCCAAUCUUCAACUGGAAUUUGUCGGCAAUUUCCUUCGCAUAAUCUGACAACAUUGACACGUCAAUUUCCUUACUCUCUGGAGCUAGAGGGUAUCCGUUAUGUUCUUCGUGAAGUUCUGCUGGAUAUUCCAUAUCAACCUCAAGAACCAUUCCUCUUCCAGCGUCUCCCAGGUAGUCAUCUAUAUUUAUUUCAUCAACUUUCUCGAUCCACUCAAACUCACCGUUAGGAAGAGGUUGAGACAUCGCCCAGCCAUAUAAAUUGUUCGCGUCGAGGUACAUAAGGAACUUCUUUUCAGCUUCUUCGUCAUAUGUUUCCAUGUACUUAUUAUUAGCCUGAGAGUGUCUAUGAGCAAUAUGACUUACCCCACCUCUCAUUCCCUUCUCAAAGAACUGAAACAUGUCCAUAUCGCUUACCAAUUCUAUUUCCUCACCUGACUGUUUCAAGAACGCGUCCCAACUUAGACUAGGUGCUGAGAUGUAAUGAGCAGGGUCAAGCUUAUAAUUCUCCAAGCAGGUCUUCCUGAAAUUUUCAAAGACAUCAGCUAGAAGAAGAACGUCAGUCUCUAGGUAGAGAUCAUGGUAGUCCCUCAUUGUUUUCAUUCCAAAGUGAUCCCAAACUUUUUGAGCUCGUUGGUAAUCUUUAUCUUUUACCUCAGACUCGUAGAGAGACGAAUAGAACUUGUCUUUACUUGGAAGUCCCUCAUAAUCUAGUUUACUAAUGUUAUCCAUGAAUUCAUAAGGAAAUAUUCCUUUCUGACGUACAAGAUCAAAAUCCUCUCCUUGCCACCUCUUACCUACUAUCUUAAAGUCUUCAGGUGAAAGGUUACUCGCAAGUGCCUCUAGAGAAGAAGCCAUGAAUUGAAUUGAAUCAAUAAACACAAGAUUUUUUCCUAACGAGAAUGAAAUGUACUUUUCCAUGUUAUUUGGAAUAACAUUAAUAUUCAUCUUGAACUUACCAAUCUCCUGCAUUAUCAAGUGACUAUCGUAACCUCUUAGAUUAUGGAAGACCACCGGAAUUUUCCAGGUAAUUCUAUAUUUCAAGUUGCACAUAUUAUGAGCAGCUCCACGGAACAGUCCAGUUACAUGAUCAUGGUCCCUGACUCUGUCAUCACCUAAGUCACAUCCGCAAAUGGAACAGUUUCUAGUCAACCAGAAUUCUGUUUCCUGUUCUGGUGUAAUUACCAUUUUCUUUUUGAAGAUCUUAUUUACCAUUUCCCGGCACCUGAUAGAUUCCUUCAACACUUCCCUCAAGAAGACAUUUGUUGCGUCUUCACCAACGUAGCUCACAUACUCCCCGGAAUACUUAUCAUCGUAGUGACACACUCUCUUGAGCCCAAAACUGCAAGCUUUGUGUGUCUGGUAAAGCUCUGUUGAACUUUUCUCUUCCGUGCCCUCAAGUUCCACUUUUCUUUCUUCAGGAACGAGUAUAGAUUCAAAGUCAGCAUAAAUUACAAAUGGAGCAGGCAUUGAAUUUCUAUAAUGACUGAACUUUACUUUUGAACCUUCCUCGGACAGCUUUGUGGCUUGCGUUCCGUUUACACUCAUACAUGUCUCAGUAUGUUUCUUUAACGUUUCCUCACUAACGCAACUAUGAAGGCAAUAUAGCAGAAGUGCUUUUUGUUUGAGUUACCGCUAACACUAAAGAGCAUUCUAUUUAUAUCCUUAAUUAGUACGUAGUGAUUUCCACCAUUACCGUCUCCCAACAGCAGCAGCUCCAUAUGCUCAUCAUAUUUUGUCUUUGAGUUCCUGAUAGGGUAGAACUGCUUUUUGCCUUUAUAGCCGAACACUGAGAUGCUUAUUGAAUUCUUUCUCUCAAUUUUAUCAAUAUCACUAAUCUUCACAGGAAAAUCAAUACCUUCAUAAUCCAGGUUCACUGCGAACUCCCUAUCUUGCUUUGUUAUUGUUGUUGCCCUUCUUGCUCUAGGUCUUACGUGCCUUAGGUGGCUCCACAUGAAGCAUUUAUUGUCAUCAUUUUGCAUAUUUAUAAGUCCACAUUUUGGGUUACUAAUGUCUGCGGGUAAUUUCAUAUAUGAACUUCCCUUGAGUGGUUUGUACAUUGCAAUAUUUACGUAAUGACUCUCAAUGUUCAAUAUAAUCCAAUUUGAACCUAAGUUCUGGAAAGUUUCAAUUUUACCCAAGAUGGUCACCUGAUUUUGUGCUGCAGUUUCUUCGAUAUCCUCAAAGUUUGUUGCAGUUCCAGUUUUUGACUUAAAGUAAAUAGAAUCUUUCUUUGUUUUGUUAUUUCCAAUUUCCUUAGACAUUCUUACCUUAAUUGUCUCAGUAUAUUUAAGACCUCCCAUUCUCUUCAAUUCUCCCGUUAGGAUGCUCCUCACAACCUGCCUACUUGCUGUUAGCUGCUCCAGUGGAUCCAUAAAGUUUGGAAUAAUCGAAUAAGUCACAGCUGCACCAUUUGCGGCAGUUUCUAUUUUUCUGUAGGAAGGCUUCUCAAGAUAUGUUCCAAAUGGAUCAAUCUCACGCUUCUCUGGAGCGACCACAGCAGGCUGUUCCUUAACCUCUCUCAUAACUUUCACAGGUUUCCUUAACUUUGGAGGAAGCACAGGCUUUUUUGUUCUCGGAGCAGGAAUAGGUCUUACUUUAGAUGUCACAGUUCUUGGAGCAGGAACAGGUCUCGCUUUAGGUAACACUGUUCUUGGUCUAGGAACAGGCCGCCAUGAUGCUACACCUUUUGGGACCUCAGGAGCUUUCCUUGUUGGUCUUCUACUAAGGUCUACAGUUACUGUGUACUUAUUAGGACCAACUUGAGUUAUUACACUAUCUGCGGGAAUCGUGAGUUUUAUUUUAUUUUGGCUCAUAAAUCUUUCUGCCACAGUUUGCCUUUUAACCUUACGCUUUGGUGCCUCAACUACCUUAGCUUUUGGUGGGCGUCCACGUUUCUUUGGAGGAGGCGCUACAGAGUCAGUCUUAACCUUUGCAGGUCUUCCACGUUUCUUUGGGGCUACGACCUUAACAUCAGUCUUAGGCUUUGGUGGUCUUCCUCUAGGACGUCUUGGAUUCCUAAUCCUCUCUAACCUCUUCAUUUCCUCAUUCACCUGGGGAUCAUCUGUUCUCCAUCUACCUCCCAUUGUCGGCGGCAGACCUUCAACUCCCUGGCUAAGUAAACUCUGAUAAGCCUCCUCAACUAGUAGAGCCUUUGCUUUCUGUCUUUCGGAAUAUUUCCAUGUAGGCAUAAUUCCUCUCUCGCCUUUCUCGUUCAGGGGACGUCUUCUUGCUCUUCUAGAGUCCGUAGAAUAGUCUCCAGCAUCUACGAAUAGUCUUUCCCCUUCAAAGGGAUCUUUACCCUUAUCCUUAGGUGCUACCCGAUAGAACUUAUCCUCAGAUAUUUUCUCCACUUCAUCCUCAAAACUUUCCUCAUAGUCGCUAUCGUCAAUUAUCUCACUAAGCGCCAUAAGUUGUUCAACAGUCAUAUCGUUCAUGUCAAAGUUACUCGCCAUUUUUUCACUCUUUCUCUAUAUACUAUAGGUAAAAAAAAAAUAGGCCUAUUUUAAGGCCUAUUUAAUUUUGUAUUUAAUAAUUUAAUUUAAUAUUUUAUUUAUUUAAUAAUUUUUAUUUAAUAAAUUAAUUUUAUUUAAUAAUUCUUAUCUUAUUAAAUAUUUUGUUUAAUUAAUAAUUUUAUCCAGUAAUUUAAUUCUUAUUUUAUUUAAUAUUUUAUUUAUGUCUGAAUUUCCAGUUAUUAUAAUAUUUACAAUUUAUGGGUUUCCAUCCCAACUCGGGAAAAACCUUUCCAUAUAGUCUGUCCUCAAGGAUGUUCACAAUCCUUUGAGUCUUAAUGUCCUCAGGUGGGUUUCUUAACAUGAUGUUGUUCAUGCUGGCUAACCUUAGUAGGUAAAACUUAUAUCUAACUAUGUUGCGCCCCCGUUGCAGUCUAAGUCUUUGUAUACAUCUUACGAUGCUUCUAAACUGCUCCCGUAUGGUAUCCCUAUCCCCAGAAGCAACAUGCUCGAAUAAGUGUCUCUCAAACCAACGGACUCUAUUAUGACAAGACUUCUUUUUCAGGUAGUCGUCCUUGUUGUGAUUGUAACUAACGUAGUAUGUGAAGUUGUUCAUAGCACUAGUUCCGCAACGUGUGCAUGUAUCUGCUCCAUCUAUUACCACAAUUGACUUACUACCACAUUCACUACAUAGUGGAUAUCGUAUGUAUGUUUGACCUUCAUUUUAUUUCUCACGUAUUUCAUUACUAUAGCCUCUAACUCCUCAAUGGUGUUUGCGUUCUUACCGACUCGUUCCAUUUCAUCAGGUGUUACCAGUGUCAGCCAGUCCAUCCCCUAUACUAUAUGUGUUAAAAUUUUCUGCUUGUUUUUGUGGUUUAUUUUUACGUCUCCUUAUUAUUCGCCAUUCCACAUAUUUUUUGACUGCGGCCUCUAGUUCUUCUAUGGUGUCCACCCUUUUUCCCAAGGCCACCACUUCGUCAACGUCUACCAUUGCAAGCCAAUCCAUUUCUCUAUAUUAUAUAUGUAAAAGAAAAUUGCUGUAUUUUUUAUAGAAUUAACUAAGCUGCCCCUCCAACCACCCCACCUAUAAUUAAACCAAAUAUUGCCAUAUAUUCUUCCAUCUCAGAGCUAGGUUUGUAGUGAUUGCUUAACUGCGGCCUCCUCGGCAUAGCCUUACGUGUUAACUCAUUGAUUCUUCUAACGAGUUCCAGUGAUUUAUUUGUUGCAUUAAUAUCCCUACUUGCCUCAGCCAGUUCUGACUUCAGUUUGGCUAUUCUAUUUCUCCUGUUGGUGACUUCCUCAAGGUACUUCUCUCUCUCAGCUGUUAGGUUCUCCAUUGCAAUGUUAUGUCUAUGGGCUUCCUUAGCAUAUCCGUUCUUAUCAAACAUCUUAAAUAGGUAUCCUGCUCCAGCAAAUGCAAAUGCAUUAAAGAGUCCUCCUGCUACUGCUCCCGCCAUUGUAUAGUCUUACUUAGGUUUGAAUGGAUCAUCUGGUAGAUACUUCUUAUCUUUCAGGUAAGAUACUAGUAGAGAUGAAAGACUAACUGCGACAGCUAGCUUUACCAUUCCUUUUACAUUCUCUGGGGUUCCUAACGGUUCUUUCAAUAGUUUUUUCGAUGCCAUUGAUAUACCAACUGCUCCUGCUGUAAGUAACACUGCGUUGUACACUUCCGCGGUCAUCUUUGAUUCUUUACUCAUCUUGUUAUAAUAUAUAUUAUGUUUAGUGUAUCAUUCAAGUGAAUCUAACCUGGACUCAUCAGCUUUCCUGGUUAUCUCAACAGUCUCAGUUACGUGUUUGGGUUCCUGUUCCCUGGUUUCCCUCUGAUGCGACUUGUACGCUAGCACUAGAGAUACCAGUGCAAUGGCCACUCCUAUGUAGGUAAUCAUGUCAUUACUUGAUGGCUCCUUAGGUUCCGCAAGUUUCUUUUUCCUCUCCUUUGCUAUUUUACUGAUUGCAGCUAAUCGUUUUCCUGCCGCUACUCUCUUCGGGUCCUUCUUCUUCUCACUUGUUACUUGUGCUUGGAUUUGCUCAGGUUUAUCUUCCAUAAUACUUGUAAGAUACCUUAGGUUUAACUGGGUUUAGUCUUAUGAGACAUCUUAGAUUCUACUUGUAAGAUAACUUGAAUUUGCUUGUGAGAUGUCUCAAAUUUACUUGCAAGAUAACUUAAAUCUACUGGUGAGAUAACUGGUAAGGUAACUCAGAUUUGCUUGUGAGGUAACUCAAAACUUACCUGAAUUGAACCUUGGUCUGUACGUCUUCACGUCACAAACUACAUUUUUCACUGCAACUUUCCUUACAGUCUUCUUAAGUGAGGAAGUACCGACUACGUCAGUAUCGGCUAUGCUAAAAUACUCAUUGAUUCUAAUGCAAGUCUUUACCAGAUCAUCUGAUACCAUUGUCAUGUACCCUAUUCCCCUCAAUUUCCUAAACCAUAUAUCCUGAUUCUCACUUAUAACUCCGGUGCCCUUAGGGGACUUAAAUUCAAUAGCAAAUCCUUUGUACUUUCCCAUAGGAUUCUCUAUGAUAAGAUCUGGUUGACCACCUUUGUAUCCCUUCUUCCAGGCAUCACAUCUCUUUGACACAGUGUCCUGAUACUCACCUAGACCAGGUAAUAUUACAGCCUCUGGGUAGUUAUCUCUGAUGUAACUUACAAUGACAUUAUGAAGGUCCGUUUCAUUUAUAAGGAUCAUUUGGUUGUAUCUAAGUGACCUUCUAUCUGGUAAACUAUAUGUGCCAGUUUUUCGUAUAGAUGGAAGGACUUCCCUGAACACCCAGUCCUGGAAGUGCUCAGCUAUUGGAAGUCUGGAUUUGAAUAUUAGUUGAUACACUCCUGAUUCAUAUAGAAGAACUGUAUGUUGUUGAUGGUUUUCCGGGUGAACGUUUCGUUCACCCCUAACUUUCCGGGUGAACGAAACGUUCACCCCUUUGACUUUUCCCAUUAAUACCUUAUUUGAUCCCCAUACAUGAUCCCUGACGGCUUUCUGUGGGUUUGAGUACCCAAGAGAUUCUGCCACAUCUUUUGCGUAGAAUAGUACCUCCCCAUCACUUUCAAUAGUUCUCACACUAACGUUAAGAUCUCGGUUCCUGAAGAGUUUUUCCAUCUUUCUCUAUACUAUAUAUGUGAAAACCUUUGGGCCUAUUUUAUAGCUAUUUUAUUCUGAUUUAUUAAUGUUAAUUAUAACAGACUAUAAGAGUGGGACCCUUAAGGGUCCCACUUGAAUUAACAGGGGUGGUUGUAUUAUAACCUUUCUCUAAUGGGUCCCUCGAGGGACCCCUUGUUUUACCUAUGAAGUAGCAUUACUACCACCCAACUACUCCCCGUCCACGUUUUCUUCCUAGUUUAAAAAAUUACAUUUCAUUUAGCCUCUUGUAUAUCUUUACAACUGUUUUAACUGUGUCAUCCCUGAAAGUACAGAAUUCAUGUUGAAAUGGUUCCAUUACUUUAAACUUAAGUGAGUAUAGGUCCCUCUCAAUUGCGUCAACUUUCUUCCCAAUCCUAUCUAUCUUUUCCAUGCUCCUAUUGGUUUUCUCAAUUAACUCAUUGAUUAUGGCUUCGAAUUCUGUUCCUUCCCAGGCGUUCUCCCACUCAUGGUCUGACAUUCUUCUUCACUAUGUAAUAAGAUUUGUUUUGCUUCCUCAGAUAUUUCCUCAGUCUUUCCCUUCUUAUUCCACUUGUGAGCAACCACGUGCUUUGCUGUUGUGCAUCCACCUGAUAUGAGACCAAUGAAUGGAAUGUUUGGGGAUAUCAUUCUAGUUAAAUAACAUACGUCAUCCUUUAAAAGCUUAUCACUAAGUAGUUCCUCUGACAGCAUCUCAGAAGAUUCCACCGCAUUAAAACUUCCUAGUAUGGAAGCAAACUUUGAGAUAAUAAGUGUUGAUAAGAAGUCACUUGCGCAUGACAUCCUCUGACUUUCAUACUCACUGUAAAGUCUAUCUAUAACAUCUUUGUUGGACUUUCUUAUGAAACUUGCGGUCUUAUCAAUUACACCGUCCUUAGAUAGCUCGAUAAGCUUAUUCCUUUUAUGUUCGGUUUGCGACUUAUCUGCGGUUGGCUUAGUUUUUAUUGCGGUAGACUUAGCUUUUCUUUGCGGUGCCUUUGCGGCCUCUUCUACUUCUCUCACAGCUGCAGUUAUUUCUUCAUCGGAUUCGCUUCCCAUCUUUUAUAUAUUACGCGGUGUUUAAUUUAAUAUUAUAUGUGUAAGGGUGAAUGAGGAGUAUAUCUAGUGCGGUGAACUUCUCAUCUUUUAGUAUUUUUGUAAUCUCUGUGAUUGUCUCCUGAGGGACACCACUCAGGUAAUCAUCUGUUAUGACCUUCAUAUCUCUGCGACUAGGGUUGUAGAAUGUAACUAACCUGGAAAUGUUCUCCCUGAAUGGUUUUGCUACUGAUGACAGUUGUUGGGUAAUUACAAUGACAGAUAUAUUGUAAUGUCUUGCGGAGAAUGCUAGUCGCACCAGUUCCGAGACUCUUUUCUUUACAUCCUGACUUGCAGCACAAUCGUCCACUAUAAUGAGAGUCUGGGUUCCGCGGAAUAUGGUGGACACUGCGUUCAGAACUAGAUUGAUCAUUUCCUGGGAACAUGGAAUUUGUAUGACUCCGUGGUCACUAAUAUGAACCCAAUUAAUGUAAGUCAUAUUCCAUUCUAUUGUUGGACAUAUAAUAACAAUAUAAUCAAAAACUUUAUUGUAUUCUGUUUCUAACAUAUUAAGUAAGAACUGGGUCUUACCACUUCCAGUCAUUCCUACUAUGAGCAUAUUAAAUGGUGGCUCUAGAUUCAUCUCUAUGCUUUGCCGUUAGUACUACGCAGGCUACGCUUAGUACUCCGCAGGCUACGUAAAUGACGCUGGUGUCAUUAGUAUUGAAUACUUGAUAGAUCUCUAUUAGCAAAGUUAAGUAGAGCAUCUGAUACAAUAAAAAUGUUGCACUGAACAUCUGCUGUUGUGGCUCUCUUAUUAAUUUCCAUAAGUACUCCAGACUGUGUGUUAACAAUCUUUCUACCUCCUCCAGUGGUGUCAUCCUGUGUUGACCUUAGAUCUACUACUAGGGCGAAACCGGUGCUGAAGAACCUGCUGAUGGACAUAAAUUCAUCUGCCAUGGAUUUCUCACACAUAGGACAAAAGAAUCGUUUAGCUUCUUCAAAGAAUCUACUUUUAGGAAGUCCCGGGGAGAAAACUGCAUUAGGCACACCCUCAAUGGUGAGGUUCACUUUAUCAAUGUUUGGGUAAAUAUAUUCUUCAGAAUCAGUUCUUACUCUGUUGGUAAAUAGAAGGACAAUUGCUGACAUGCUCUUUCGGGGGAUAUUUAUGUUUUCAUUCACAAUUGUAAGAUCCUUGUCCCAGUUACUUGUGCGCAUUAGUGUGACGUGUUUGUAGGACAGUGAGCGACCAGUUGAAUACAUCCUUGAUACUUCACCUGCAAGGGCGUCAUUCUCAAUGGUCUCGUAUUCUAACUCAAGAUUAUCAAGUUUAUAAUUACCCUUAGCUUCACCUCCUUGGGCAGUCAUAAUCUCAUCUGAUUGCGGGAGUGUGAGGAUGUACAUAGGAUUGUUAUUCAUGGAGAACGGUGUGUAGAGUCCAUGGUCUGCAAUUAUUUUGUCAAUUGGUUUUCUCAGCUUAGAACCGUACACACUGUGGAGAAGUGCAUCUGCUACUUUACCAACAUCACCUACCUUUGCGCCUGAGUCAUCACCUGACAUUAGCUUCCUAAGAUUCUCACUUGCGAGACCCUGUUCUGUCAUCUUAUUUCUGUCACCUAGUGUUAGCCAUAGAUCUUUGUAUAUUUCGUACAAACUCUCUCCUGAACAGUCAUAAGCUGUUUCACCUGCUACUUUAAUCUGAAGACGUUUAGCUAUCAACUUAGACAGGUUGUUAUUAAAGUGGCUCUUUGUAUUGGAAUUUUUGAAGUCAAUUGUUAAUGUAUAGCUCUUCACCCGGGCUGAUAGUUGUUGGAUUAAAUGUUACAACACUUCUAGUUCUUGGUCCUUUUACAGAUGUCAUGCGGCUCCUCCUGAAGCCAGGCUGGACUUCUCUUUCUGUGGUAUUCAUACUUUAUACAAUAUGUAAUGUUUAGUUGAAUUGGUAUAGUAGAACAACUGCUGCACAUACAAUGAUUAUCCAUAUAUUAUCCGCUGCUAACUCUACUCCAUCAGCUAUCUUCUGAAAUACAGGUGGUAGUUCUAUUUGGUGGCUUACCAACUCACUGAUCUUCUUAUCAAGCUUUCCUGUUGUGUCACCUACUUUCCACAUUAUGUUUCUAGUUGAUGCUACCAGUCCUAUGAUUAUAGCUGAUGAGGAAAUUAUAACAGCUGAUAAGAUGCCUGCAUUCUCCCUUGCCCAUAACCUGAGCCUUUGUAGUCUCCUAAGAUCAUCCCGUUUAAUGAGAUCCCUCUUUUUCACUUUGUCUCUCAAGUUGAGAAGUUUAUUUAAGUUUGACUCUCUUUGGUAAUCGUUUGAUAGCAUUCUGACGUAUCUCAGUUCUUCCGACUUUUCUUUGAAACUGUCUUCGUCCAAAUUGGAUAGUAUUAAUUCAUUUAACAGUCUGUCUCCCCUAUCCAUUAAAUCAUCGUAUGACAGAUUAGAUAGGUCAGGAAAUUUCUCAGCUAAUUGCUCUCGCGUAAGGUCUUUUUCCAAUAUUUUUCUCCUCCUCAGUUCCCGUACGUAAUUAAUUUCCUCGUUAAUAUCCUGGGUCUCCUCAGUAGUUUCGCUUUCCCUAAGAUCCUCGUCGAGGUACGGUAAUUCGCUAUCUAAAGUUUCUAUAUCCAUUUCUUCAUAUUUUGGAUACUUUUCCUCCAGCUCCUCCAUUUUCUGGUCAUCGUAUUCCUCUUGGUGUUCCUCCAUAGCUAAUUUACUUUGUGUAAUAGUUGUACACCAUUAAAGCUGCAGCUAUAGCUAGUACCCAUAAGUUUGAUGCUAGCCAGGCAACUCCUUUUGCUCCCCACGACAGCGCUGUUGCAACUGCGUUCAGGAUUGGAACUAGAAUUGGCCCUGCUUUCUUUGCUAAAUUUGCUAGUGCUUUUGCUACCUUACCAGUGGCCUUUCCUGUCUUCACAAUGGCUCCCCUAGCAUGGAUUAGUAAGGCUGUAACUAAACUAGCUGUUGACACUGCUAUCCCUACAAGUCCCACUUUUUCCUUUCCUACCCAGUCUAUAAAUCUACGUAAUCUGGAAAUGUCUUCCAACUGUGCCUCUCUUGCUUCCUCUACUGUUCUCUGUUCUAGUGUCCUAUCUCUAGCUUCCUUCAAACUGUCAAUUCCCUCUAGAAGGGAAUUAUACUCAGUUGCACCCUCAGCUUCAGUGGCCAGUUCCGUUGUUUUACCAAUAGCUUCAUUAAAGUAGUCAGCUUGGAUUUGUAACGCUCCAUUAGGACCUGUUCUGCUUUCUAUGCUUGAUCCAUCAGGUGGGUUAAGAACACCUCUCAGUUCAUUGUUUUCUUGCAUUGUUAGCCCUGGAAGAUCUCCUAGUUUUGCACUUAUGUCUAUUAACUCAAUGUUCUCACGGUCAGCGUACUCCUCAUCACGGGUAUUAAAUUGCGGCUCUUCUUUAGUAUCCUCAUAAAUUGAUUCAUCACUUCCAAUUAUAUCGUCAGGAUCUGUAGUACCUCUUUUAUUUUCUUUAUAAGUUCCUUAUAUUCUCUCAGUGCAGGUGAGUCCUUUGAGUACACAGGUUUACUGGUCUUACCACGUUUCAUUAUUUGUGUUCCACUUUUGUCAAUACCUUGUUCACUUCUAAAUACCAACACCUCUGUGCCAUCCUUGAGUGUUCUUACAGAUGAUCGUUUUAUGAGUUCCCUGACGUAUCUAUUCUUAGGGUCUAGUACUAGUCCCUCCUUACCCUUGAUAACUCUUGCGACAGCUUGAACACGCUCCACUUGGUUUUCAAAGUCUCUCUUUUUGUUUGCUGUAAGCCGGUCUUUUGAGAACUUUUUCAGUUUCUCUAGGCGGGCUUCUAUUUCAUCCCAGUCAGCGUCAAAUGAUUCGUUGAAUGCAUCUAGCACGUCUGGAAGUACAUUGUUUGGGUCUUCCACAAAGUUGACUUCUGGGGCAGUUGUGCUUCCUGAUGGACCUGAAAUGUUCACUGUACCAUCAUUUCCUUCGGUGAAAGUUGUUUCUUCUAUUGCACGUCUCUCCAUGAGAUCCUUUACAUAGUCCAAUUCACUUUUAAGAUUGGUUAUCACUAUAGGGUCAUCACCAUACAUAGCCUCAUCCUUCACCCUUGUAUCUAGCCUACUAAAGGCUGUUGAUAGGUCAUCAUAAUUAAGGUCGUCAUAUUGAGGAUACGUCUUUUCUGUCUCCUCCAACUCGAUGUCAUCAUAGUCCUCCAUAAUACUUUAACUUAUGUUAGGGACUUGAUGUCUCCAGCUGGUAUCCAACUGUUAAAUUUGUCAUCAUAACCUAACCACUUAACUAGGGCCAUCUUUUUACCCUUCACUGUUCUUCUCCUCAAUACUUUCUCUAUCUUGAAAUCAGGUUCUCUUCCUUCAGCGCUAUACAGUUCUUGUUCAUAGAAUCUACCAAUUAUUGGUUCAUCAGCACUGUCUUUUAUUGUGUACGUGUUUGGAUGACCGUGAUACACUUCCGUCACAGUGAACAACUCCUCUGUGAAAUUUGCUUCGUACCCUUUUGUGAACACUGAUUUGUACUUUGAGAUCCUGACGCUUUCUCCGACAGCAAACUUUGGUUCCGACGGCUUGCCUAAAUUGUGACUAAAAAGUGUCUUCCAUACUUCAGUCCAGUUGGAAUCAUUUACACUGUCCGGUGUUGUUUUAAUUGAUCUGUUUACUGAACUGUUGUAAUUAUCAGUUAAGUCUUGAAGGAUGUCUAACCAUUUAUAUGUACUGGCACUGUAAAAGUACUUCCACAUUAGAGCCUUCAAUGUUCUGUUAAAUCUUUCCACAACUGCGGCCUUUUUAUCUGAGUAAGUAGAGAAAAACUCAAUGUUAUGUUUAUUGAGCAAUGACUUUACAUCUUUGUUGUAGAACUCUGUGCCUUGAUCAAACUGGGCGAAUUUUGGGUAUUUACCAAAGUGAUUAUUAAAUUGCUCUAAAAUGUUACUGACGGCGUCCUUCAUUGAUGUCGCGUUUUUCCUAUACACUGGUACUGUGAAUGCGUACCUACUCAGUAUUUCGAUUGAUGUGAGAAUCCAUCGGUAUCCCUUGUUCUUGUCGUCAUAUUUUGUCAUGUCAACUAAAUCCAUUUGUAACUGUUCACCUAAAGUUUGAACGUACGUCUGUCUGAACUUAUGUUUCCUAAACACUUGUCUGUACCUCGUGUAUGUGUCUUGCUCAUUUAUCCAUUUCUUAACCUGGUUUCUGGUUACUUUAAGUCCGUCUGAUACUGCUCUAAGAUAUAGUUUCUCUGGUGUCUGGAAUCCAGUCUUAGGAUUGUAGUAAAUAUCUCGUAGUCCCUGUUCUUUCAUAAUAUCAUCGUCCAUCUUAUAUUAACCAAUGUAAGCUAACUACCGACUACGUUAGUAGACGCCAAUAACUAAGUUAUUGCUCAAGGUACAUCUCGAUAAGCACUUCACCUAUAUCAGUAGGUUUCCCGUCUUGAUCUGUCAUGUGGAAUACAAGUUCUGAGAACGAACCCUUAACAACUGAAGUCCUACUUUCAACAUCAAUGUAACUAACUACUGAGCCUAAUAAUGGUCUGUCAGUUGGAAUUGUAAUAGUUGUUAUUACAUCGCUGGGUCUUCCCCAGGGGUUAACGUUGUAAGUGUUAUUUACAAGAUUGCAGUGUAUAUUUACAACACGUAGACCAUUAUUAAAGUCAACCUUGCUGUCACCUGUCAAACUCCUCCCUUUUAGUAGGAUCAUAGGAUUUAGGAAUCUAUUAAAACCUAACAUAGUCAGUAAUCGCGUCUCUAUUGUGAUAUCCUGUUUUACUGCCUCUAUUUGGCAGGAUGCUGUUUCAGCAAAGUAGGUUAGCUUAACACCAUGUCUUUCAAGUAAUUUUUUCAUACUGUCAAAUGUGUAGUAACCUUUUUGAAUAAUUACAUCAGAUUCUCCAUCAUCUGUUUUCACUUUGAUAAUAGUUGUUGGUUCCCUUAUAUUGAAGUACUCCCAGAACACUGAAACUCCCUUCAUAAAGACUGAAUUAUAGUUGCUUGUUAGAACUGAAUUCUGAAGUGGUAUGAUAGUGUGCUGACCUUUAAGUAAAAUUGUGCACUUCAUCUUAAUAACAUACGUUAGGUUAUUAAGAAUGAUACCAGGUGGAGGAGACGUUGGAAAGUCACCUUAUAGAUCAUACCAAGACUAUGAAAAGAAGUAUGGAAAAGAAGAGGAAGAUCAUGUUGAUCCCAUUGCCGGGAAAAAGGCAGAGGACGCUGUGAGGGCUAGGUUUAUUAAAAAGUACCCUCACGCUGAUAUGGAUAGGUUCAGUUUUGAAUCUAUGACAACAAGUAGUGUUGAUAUAGGAGUUAUAACCUGGUUUGUGGACUUAGAUGGUAUAACUUCAUAUGACAUUAGAUAUGAUGGUUUUAAGAAGAAUAAGGAAUUUACAUAUUAUCUCACAGGUACUAAAAAAAAUGCUAUUAUUCCCGCACAGUUUAUACCUAUGGCUGAUACAAAGGUUACAAUAAGUGAUAUUCAAGGAUUAGUUAACGGCUGGCCUCUAAAGUGGAGGUUGGGUUCUGGUGUAAUGGCUAAAUUAAGCAACUACGACACAUUUGAUAGUUUUAGUUGGUUUCCAAAAAUUGGGUGGAACACUCCUGCGCAUUCAUUUAAGGUUUACGUGGACGGUAAAAGCUUCUUUGUAACUUCCGGGAAGGCUGGUGGAAAUAUGCUUCCAAAAAUUGAAGAUAGUAUUGAGAUCGAUGGUGUAAGUGUAGAGUUUGACUACAAAAAACCCUAUUUUGCUGCCCUUUGUGGUGCAUAUAUCGCAACAUACUUAUGUGGAAUCACAAGUGGUCAUCUUACUCCUAGUAAUGAUACUUACCCUGUGAUAACAAGUAUAAUGAACUUUCACCUUUACUACUGCAUUAGGAAGUAUGUUUACAAACCUGAAAGAUUAAUUCCCUAUAUGGAUAUGCUGAAUCCCGUUAAAAAGCAUAUCCCUGUUAAGGGUAAGUGGGUAAAGAAAAGUGAUUAUUAUGAUGUUGUAUACGAUUAUGGACUUGCUUGGGAAAAAAGUAACUGGAUAAAAGGUAGGGGUAAUGGUAGCAAUCCCGUAAGAAAUGUAAUCAAUUCUUCAGUUAUGACUGUUAACGGGUUUCUAAAGGGAAUUCGUGUACACUAUGAGGAAAGAGUGUCGGUUGCACUUGUUAGUAAGUCUGAUUAUUUAAGGUUUGUUAGUACUCAAACUUAUCCGUAUUUCGGACUUACAAAUACUGGCUUACUUCUAUUAGGGGAAUCAAUUGAAGCUUACGUUUACUCUGUGUUAGGUGCACAAGCAGCUACUAGAUCACCUAUCACUGGAAGCUAUGGAAAGUCAUCUGCUACCCAGGUCAAGUUCAGCGCACUGGUAAACGAUUGCGUUAUUCAAGCUGAUCCUGUUGUAACUCUAAGUAAUAUGAGAAUUGCUAUUAGAGACACAAAUGUUGUACUUAACACAGCCGUUACCCCUGGAACUGUUCUGAUUCCAUCAAGUCUCAUAAUUCUAAGUAAGCCUAUACCUGGGUAUAACAAUAUUCUAAAAAACGCGACAAAGGAUAUGAAAAGAGGGGUUAACACUAACCUCAACUAUGUGGGGGUUAAGCAAGUUAAUCCUCCUAAAAAACAGCAUCAAGAUAAUACACCAGUUCAUCACCUUGAUACUCUUGAUGGAAAUAGGAAGGUUCGGGGAGGUCCUACAAGAGUUACACCUCAGGGAGGUUCUACAAGUGCCGAGACUCAAGUUUUUCCUAUCAUGAGACGUGGGGGGUCUUCAGGAGUCAGCGCUGUCGCUGGAGCUGGAAUUGGUGCUAUAGUUGUAUUCAUUCUAAUGAAAGUUGCCAUGUAAACAUUAUGUAUUCUAUAAAAUGGCUCUCUAUAAGGGAUAUAUUAAAGGUGUAAAUAAUACUGAUCCAACAACUGGAAGUGUAUUUGAUAAGGAUGGAUUUACCAUGAAGGGUGACAUUGAGAUGGAUGGUAAUGAGGUGAAGGGUCUGGGUGCACCAACAGAUGAUACUUCUGCGGUCACGAGGAAGUGGGUGGAUGAUGAGAUCAUUAAACAGGCUGCUCUUACAAUUCAACCUGCAGGGUUUACAAUGACUGGGAAUAUUAACAUGGGAGGUAAUAAGAUAACUAAUCUUGAUAAUCCUACUAAUCCAGGUGAUGCUGCCAGUAAGAGUUGGGUUGAAGGUAGCCGCAGACAUGUACAUGUAAGUCUACCUGGACUUAUCCUUACAAAUGAUCUCAAUAUGUCAACCAAUGAAAUAAAGGCUUUAGGUGAUCCUACAACUGGAAAGUCUGCUGUUAAUAAAGACUGGGUAGUUGGAAUGUUAAAUAGACCUGUAUCAGGACUUAAUAUUGCUGGGGAUAUCGAUAUGAAGGACCAUGAGAUUAAGAAUCUUAAGGAUCCCUCUGAGGAUCAGUCUGCUGUCUCAAAAAAAUGGGUAACUAAUCAUGUUAGUGGAAACCCUGAAUCAUAUCUUAAACGGAGUGGUGGUACUAUGUCAGGUAAAAUUAGUAUGGGAGGUAAUGAGAUAACCAAUGUCGGAAACCCUGUAAAUACAAGCUCUGCCGCGACUGCUGGCUGGGUUAUCAGUGGAUUGGGAAUGCGCGGGGAAAUUGAUAUGGGAGCAAACAAAAUUACUAACCUACGAAAUCCUACGGGUGGAGCUGAUGCAGCAACGCGUAGCUGGGUAAUAAAUCAUACCACCUUCACUGCACUAAAACUGGACGGUUCAAAUGUAAUGACAGGUGAUCUUCAUAUGGGAGGUAAUGAAAUUAAAAAUAUUGAGGCUCCUAGUGCCGAUAAAUCUGCUGUUAAUAAAAAAUGGGUGGAAGAUAAGAUUAGCGGUGGUCGUAAAAGGCGUGAAACUUACAGUGGACUUACUCUGUCUGAUGACCUCGAUAUGGGAAACAAUGAGAUUAUAAAGUUAGGUGCUCCUACAACUGAUAAUUCUGCUGUUUCCAAGAAAUGGGUCACUGAUCAUGUUAGUGGAAGUUCUAUUAAUAGUAGCGGAUUUACUAUGACAGGUAAUAUUGAUAUGGGUGGACAUGAAAUUAAGAAUGCUGGUGAUCCUACUACUGACCGGGCUGUUGUUACAAAGUCAUGGUUUAAUUUAAAUGAAGGAACCUUUUUGCGGUUAGAUGGAACAGGAUCUCUAAAUGUUGGUGGUACUAUUAAUUUCAGCAAUGCACCUAACUGUAACUCCGACCCUGGAAACUCAAGUAGUCUUGUAAGGUUGCAGUAUCUUAAAACGUACACAACUAACUUACUAAAACUUAGCGGUUCGCGAGCAAUGAUAGGUGACCUUAAAAUGGGUGGAAAUGAAAUAAUAAAUGUUGGAGCUCCUACAACUGAUAAUUCUGCUGUGUCAAAGAAAUGGGUCACGGAUCAUGUCAGUGGGAGUUCUGUAAGUAGUAGUGGCUUUACUAUGAGCGGUAAUAUUGACAUGGGUGGUAAUACUAUUACAGGACUAAAUAGUGGGUCAACAGGAGGUUCUAGUGCUGUUUCUUAUGGAUCUAUGACUUCAUGGUGCUCACAGUUUCUUAAACGUGAUGGUGGCACUUUAGCUAGUAACCUAGAUGUUAACAGUUAUGAGUUGACAAGGGUUGGAAAUCCUACAACUGACGGUUCCGCUGUUAGUAGGAAAUCGGCAACUGAUGAGUUCAUGAGUAGUAGAGGUGGACUGGUAAAAGGUGAUCUGGAUAUGGGAGAUUCAAGUGGAAUUCUCGAUCUAAAGGAUCCUGUAAAUGAUAAGGAUGCUGUUAACAAACAAUGGGUAGAAAGUAAUUUCCUGAAACCUUCCACUGGUCUUACUCAAGCAACGGCUGACACAAGAUAUGUAAGAAUACGGCGACAUAUACAUGCAGAAUGGAUUUGGGGUUAUCGUGGUGUUGCAGUUGCAGCAACAAGGUACUACGCUUUCUGUCAAGAUCAGAUACCACCUUCAUGGAGAACAGAUCCUAUUAAUAAUAUGACAGACCUCAAUCUUGAAUCAAUAAAUAUUAAAUCAGACGCCCCAAUUUUCUCAACUGUUCUGAAUAUACCUAUAGGACUCAUACUAUGGGCUACCGUUUGGGAAAAGCAAUCUAAUGGAAAAUUUACACAGGUUAAAAAGGAAAUUGUUCUUGAUACAAUUGACCUAAGAAGGUUGAACUACACUUGGUUCAAUGGAACUUUCACAACUACUGGUGGAAGUACAGCUUGCUACGUUUUCAAGGGUAAUAGUAUGUUCUAUUUAGGAAACCAGGCUGAGUUGGUAGAUAACACGCUGGCUUGGUGUGUUAUAGUUAAACCUGAACACUCAAUGCCCAUUGGUAUGAGUAUGGAUAUGUCAUUCUGCUGGUCACUUCGAUAUUCAGGUUCAGGUAGCUAACAUGUGGUUUAUCAUAAGAUAAGAUGUCAAGGUGGAGGUCAUGCUUCUCCUGCUUAGGUAAGAUUUGUGGUUGUCGUAAGAGUUCAAAGAAUGGAAAGGCUGGUGAUAUAAAUUUUUCCGUAUCUAAUAAUAUUAACAUUGGAGUAAGUACACAAAAUAAAAAGGAUGAUUUAGAAUUUAUUCCAAAAUCAGAAAAUUACGGUCACCUAAAAAUGCUUGAGGAAAAGUAAAUUGAUAAAUAAUGUAAAAAUGGUCUAGAAAAAAAUAAUGCUAAAAAUAAUAGAUAAAAUAAUGCCAAAAAAUAUUAGAUAAAAGUGAGGGGAAAAAUAGGCGGGAAAAUGGUCUAGAAAAAUAUGAGCCUGCGAUUGGGUGGGGGAAAAUAUGAAAACCGCUGACCGGAAGUUGGGUGUGAUCGCGGGCCGAAAAAGUGGUCUAGAACCCUCAGUUCCUAUACUACUCUUAAGCCUUUCCAUUUGGUCGUAACUGUUGUGAGCAAGUCAUUUUUAACGAUGUAAAAUAGUCUGCAUAUAUAUCUUGUCUUUUCGUGUGGCUGCGUGAAAUCAGUCUUUACUGACUGUAGAGAUAUAUGGACACAUUGGUCAGCUUCAUAUGUUCACAACUGCUACGAGUAAAUAAAAACCAGGGAAUCGUUGUUCGAAAGCCGGUUAGCUAAAUCGUAGAUCAAGAAAAAACGUCAAAGUAAACUUUUCAACAGAUUACUUAAAAACUUUUAUAGGAUGUUUUUUCAUAUUUCGUUAUUCCUCGACCGAUAAAAUUUUAUUGCGGUUUUGAAAUAUGUCAACGUGCAAAAAUGCAGAAAUCGAAAUAGUGAGAAAUUUUAACCCAAGGUUAGUGCUAAUCACUUUAAACAACUGGCUUCUUUGUUUAGGCCUCUUUGAAAUAACGUGCUUUAAUUCAAUUGCAAGGAUAAAUAUAACAUCCUGGUCAAAUAUAACCCGAUUACUGAGCAGUAACUGCUGCCUCGUAAAAGCAACCAGUCAAAUCUAUGUCUUUUAUUUGGAACGAUAACAUGCGGGAGAAACGUGAAGCCAAUGCCAACGCCACUGACGCACACUGAUUCGUGAUAGACCGAGCGAUGAUGGCGUAUAAGGGGACUGAAACUGACGUAUGGCGUGGAAAGCUGAUGCCACUGCUCACGCGUUGCUCACGCGAGGCUUCACUUUUUAACUUCCAAAUGACUGAAUGUUAUCACAGAGAAGAGAUAUAGAGAGAUAAAACUCGCGGCAAAUUAUGUCACGCCGAUAUAUUAAGUUUAUUAACUAUAGAAAAUAUAUUAAUUCACUAUUUUAUUAAAUUUUGAUAAUGAAGAGGAACGAAACUAUACAUAUUGUAGAAGUAUUCAUGUUUUUGUUUUUUUGUGCGAGUUAAAUUUUGAGGAAUUUAUAUCAUUUGCUGCUUUGUUUUAUAUACAUAAGCAUCUAAAAAUCCCAGCCAGUGUAUUUCACGAUUUUAAUAAGGAGUAGAUAGGGAAAAAAACAAACUUUUGCUAAAUAAAAUGUUAUGUUAACACUUUUAAUAAAAGGAAAUCAAUAAAAGUGAUCGCUUACCGUUAUUAUACAAUAAUUUACUGAACAAAAUUUCAAUGGGUAUCUCAUUUUUUUAAAAAAAGCGAUUUUCACGGUUCGAACGGCGUUUUUCCUAUCUUUUGUUAUAAAAUUUUAGCGACGCACUGGCUGGAAAAUUUUGCGCGGCGCGUGGAACGCGUGACACGAAAAUUGAGGUUAUCGAGUGUCGGUUUCCUCUCUGUAUAUCUCUACUCUGUGAUGUUAUCGUUCCAGGUAAAUAGAUUGAGUUCACUGGAAGCAGCAUGUAAAUUUUGUUGGUCCCAGGCUAUCCGUGACGUAUGUGGAGGCAAACGUUCUUAAAUAUCACAUGAUUAUAAUACACAUUGUAGAAUGACAAUGGACAACAUAUUCUUUUGUAUAUAUUAAAAUCGGAAUAUAAACAAGGCAAGGGUAGUAAAGUUUGUAAUAUGAUUUGAAAGGAUUUUGCAUCAAUAAUAAUCAAAUAAAUAUGUAAAUGGUGGAUCAGACUAGGCACGAAGCUCUAGGAAAAUGUUUUGUGAUUGAUUGAUAAUGACAAUGACAAAAGAAUAAGCUAUAGAAUGGAUUUUCUAAAGAACGAAGCAAGAAUAAUGUUCCAUUUGUUUAUGUAAGCCAAUUACGUCUUUUGUCAUUGUCAUAAUCAACCAGUCACAGAACAUCUUCACAGAGCUUUACAUUUACUGUUAGUUUUUGCUAUGUGCAUUUAUAUGGGAACCAUGCAAGCUGGCUUGCCUUACUAUCAGUAGUAUAACCACAAUUACACUUAGGAAGGCUUGCUUACCGGUAUGGGUGUUAAUGUUACUAAUCUUCAGCGAAACAGGAUUUUUCAUCCAGCAUUGCUAGGAGGCAGGUUCGUAGCCAGCACCAAGUAACUGGGAAGAGGCUAAUAAUCGAAUACACAGAACGGCCAUCUGGGGGCGUGGAUUAUGGGUUUCUGCGAAACGCUUUUUUUUUGGAUUUUAAACGCGUUUUAAAUUGUAGAUUUGGUAUAUGGUAUAUCAUAGAUGAAAGCAUUACCAGGUUACGUCCCCCCUCAGUUUCACCUCAGUUUUAUAAGAAUUAUAGAAUUAGUCCUGAAAAAAAACUGGAGAGAUCCUGACCACCCAUUCCCCCUGUGGCUAUCUCUCUGCAAGGAAACGUACUUAUACAGGAUGGCGUAUUCGCAUGGACAAAUCACAUGACCUAAAUGACACCAGCUAAAUCCUUGAUGUCAAUUUUUUGAUGAAAAGUGAUUUAUGCAUGCUCAGAAGUUUACAACCUCGUUCCUAGGCUCUUUCCUUUUGUGGAGGAAAGACCCGGCUGGGGCUGGUCACACGGAAAUUUGAUUUCCCAAGGGGGAGUACGCAAAGUAUCAAAUUACAUGCUUCCACUUCCGCACUUUAUACUUCGAUUGCAAGGAGUGAGUGUGUUCUGUACAAUCAUAGUUCUACCGUAAACCUCCGACUAUAAGCCCUGGGCUUACAUACUUUCGUAAGCGAUUUUUGAUGGGCUUAUACCAGGGGGGGGGGGCUUAUAUAUGGGAAUGGGGCUAAUACAUGGGCGAUAUUUUGUGUUAGUAAUGAAUAACUCAGACAUUAACAAGUCAUUUAUAAAAGAAAAAAAAACAUGUAUUAAUAACGCGCUUUGAUUGACAUAGUGCAUAGUAUAAUAUAUAAUAUAUAAUUCAAUAGCCAUUUACCUUCGUCUUUUAUACCUUGCCCAUUGAAUGCAAAGGACAUUCCUUACAGCAAAUAUAAUAGAACAAAUACUUUGCUAAACCUUAUGCAAUAUAAAGUGUCUCUACAUUUUGUCAGCUUCCGGGAUAUAUUAUACAUAAUGCAUAAGUCCCGCACAGACACAGCAUUACUCGAUGAGUUUCUAUAAGCAUUUUAAAGUUUCUAUUGAUAUAUCGGCUGUUUUGUCUCAAGCAUAGUUGAAUGAAAUUUCUAAAAUACGAUAAAGAUUAAAGUUAAUACAAAUAUUGAUUAACACAUACAAUAUUGAUUAACACAUGCAUGCAGGUCGAAAAGAAGGUGGAUUUUUCUGCUUAUAAAGAGCCAAUGGCAAUGCCAAUAAAAGUCUUUAUCAGAUUUAUAAUGUGCCUGCUGAAGAUUGCUGCACGUAAAACAUGAUAUAUUAAUAUUCUAUAAAGUAAUAUACUUGUGUCUGAUGUUUAUAUUGUAUUAAAUAUUCAAGUUGUACCGCACGCACGGAAAAGUCUUGGCGCAAACAAAUAAUGGUUCAUGAGAUACCCAAUAGAGUUCACUGGUGAUAACAGAUAGCUAUACGAGAUAAUUCUUGAUCGUUGAGUUUCAGCAAUGUCAAUGCAUGGCCAUAAUGUCCGUGCAGAGCAAUCAGUAGACGGUCAUAUUGGCGUUUCGCUCGGAAAAUGACCCAUAGCCGACUGUUUUUUGAACACUGGUGGUAUUUUGGAUAAAUACGGUUGUUAUUAUUUUGACAGGUUUAUCGUAUAAACGCUGCUGGGAUCGUGAGUACAUACGAGUUUGAUGGUCACAGAGUUGCAACUUUACGUGUAGUGGAGGACUCCCUUAUUGCUGCCGGGUUAUUACGUGAUGCCUUUAAAGUCAUAAAGUGGAGUUUGAACGAGGGCUUGGUUAUUAACGAGAUUGAUUGGUAUUGGGGGAAACAACAUUACGACAUAUUACGUGUUAACAAUGCCUCCAACCAUGUGGCCUCCAUCGGUAAAUGGCUACUAUAUAUUAUGUACUACUUAAAACAUAAGCAGUAGUGUUUUGUCAAAUAUAAAGGUACGAGGCAAAGCCGAGUAUCUUUAAGUCUGAUAAAACACGCACUGCGAAUUUAAAAUUGCUUUUAAAACAAUCGCUUGAUUGGCGAAAGUUGAUUGGCGAAGCAAAUUUCAAAAAUACGUUGUGUAAGCUCCAUAGUCUAGUCACGAAACAAAACAGAAAAAUGAGCCCGAUUUAAGAUGAGAAGCUGACUGUAUGCAUAAAAAAGUACAGUUUUGCGAGUGUGUUUAGCCUGUUUGCAGGUGGUGUAGUGGUAACGGCGUGCGCUUACUAGAUCACACGUCGUUGCUUCGAAUCCCGGCAAGUCAUUCGUUCUUUUCGUAUUUUCUUAGAAAAAAAACUGUUUUUCUUCCUAAUGUUGGCUUUCUAGGGUCAGGGUUGGGGUUUAUUUAGUUCAUAAAAAUCUCAUUUUAAUUCGUACCAAAUGGAAAGCACUAAUGGCCAUAUCGUGAAACACCUUGCUUAACUAAAGUUAAAAAUAUUUUAAUUGGAUAUAAUACACUUAAAAAAUAAACCUGACUCUAUCUCUAACCAGUAGGUAAUGUAUAAAGACAAUCUUACGAAAAAUCUUAGAGGAAAAGAAAUAUGAAAACGAAAAACAAAACAUUGGCAACAAGGGUGAAUUUCGUUCCGGAAUUGUUUACAUUUUAGCUCCAAUCCAAUCAGAACGCGUAAAUCGCAAAAUUCAUAAACAAACACAGACAGUCACUUUCGAGUUUCUUAAUAUUUUUCAUGAAAUCGAGAUAUGUUGUUCAAAAAGGAUUUCUCCUGUGAUUCCUUGCGACGAUGUUUUAUUUAUUGCGUUGUUGCGAAGGUAUAGGGCUUCAAACUUUGCCUUGCGCAAACCUAAAUAUUGCACUUUGAAUUCACAACGUCCGAACAAAAUCUUCUGUUAAAAGUUGAAUUUUAAAGCUAUGUGUUGAAAAAAGUUUUACCAGCAUCGUUAAACGUUAACUUAUUAAUAUCUUUCUCCCAAAAAGCAAGAUGUUUCCUCGGCAGGACUUAUCACUUGACAUAAUCUGACAUUCAUUUUCGUGCUAACAAAUAUAGAUUUCGCAUGCAAAGAAUCACGAAGGGCAUAUUUUAGUUAAAUUUUUGUGAGCAAAAGCAAGUAACUUUACAAAACAUUACGAUUGUAGACCUUCAAACCUACGCCAAGUAUUCACUUGGGUAAUCAGAUCAAGGAAGUACAGCUCGUGCGUUCUUCGUUUCUUGUUGUUCGUGGUCAAAUUGGCUAUCGCUAUCUCUGUAUUGCUGAGUUUGCUGUCUUUCCAGUGAAGAGGCUUUCGUUACAAAUCUUUACACGUUUAUGUCGGACAGAUUGCAUUCGAUGUGAAACCAAUGCCCACAUCCUUGAAAGACGCGCUAUAACGUGCUUUGAGUUUGGCAACUGCACUGAAUGCCUAUUGCUAUCACAUGCUAUGUUUUUAGAAGAAUUCGACCUCAGCACAGUGAACUAUACACAUGGAAGGCUGACUUGAGCUCAAAAAGUGAAGCCAAACAUGGCAGAAAUUGAAGCCAUUCUUGCGCGUCAUUCUCAGUCCCCUUACGUGCGCGGCCAAACUUUUUUUAUAUUUUUCUUUAUUUUCCGAGUAAAAAUCUGUUGAAAAACAGAUUAAAUUUGUAUGAAAAGUUGAAUCCUGGUGUUUUUUUUGGGUUCACUUCUAAAUUUUAAUUAUUAUUUAUUUAAAAGAUGCGAUAUUUGAGUGGAAAGAAAGCAAAAUAGCGCGGGAUUGCUGUUUUUGUAAAUGACAAAGAGUGACAAAACAAAACACAAAGUCACUGAUUUUUUUAAAAUAUCUCUAUGCCCCUAUUGACAAGGGUCUAACCCACAUAAAUCACUCAUUAAAAUGAACAGUUUAAGUUUAUAAGGCAAUCAUCAAAGUGAUUUUAUUAAAUAAAAAAUAAAAAAAACAAAAUUUUCUUAUAUGUAUGCCUAUGGAAUUAAAUUGACUAAAAACUGCCUCGAAAACUGCAGUUAAAAAGCAAUUUUAGGUCAGGAAAACGGACUAAAAUAAGUUAAAUAAUGGUGUGAAAACUAAAAAGCACCAUAGAAACAAGAAAACGAAACAACCAAAGCAAAAAUAAAUUCCCAAUUUCAAAAAUACAGAUUUUAUAUAAAAAAAACAAAAAAAGUUUGAAAUUAGUUGUUGAAUUUGCAAUGAAAAAUACAGAUUUACUCACACAUACAGUGGGAAAAUGAAGUAGACAGAUCGAUUAGAUAAAGGAAAUCAGGUUUACAUGAAAUAAAUGAAGUUUAUUUCCCCUUUUUGCUCUUUUAAAAUGAAGAAAAACACAACCCGAGAGUCGCGAACCCAUCACUUCCCGCCAUGAAAAUACAAAAAAUGUUUGGCCGCGUGGGUAAGGGGACUGAGAAUGACGCGCAAGAAUGGCUUCAAAAUCCGCCAUCUUUGGCUUCACUUUUUGAUUACGUCAAUUACUAAAGUCAGCCUUCCAUCUAUAUAGUUCACUGCCUCAGCAUAGUCUACGUCACAUAGGAAUCACGUGAGAUUGCGCAAGCAAGCUAUAUCAUGUGCCGUAAGCUUUCAAUCAUGGCAAACGCGAAGGUGAACGAGGCAAAAGAAAAAUCCAAUUUUUUGGACAAAGAGGAGGAAAGGUAGCUCACCGACGAGGGCGAACAAGCCAUUCUGUGUUUGAAAUUUUAAACCUUGUUUCUUUCUUUUAAUUAGCCAAAAUUUGCAUUUACAGUGUAACGACCGCUUACUAUUAUGCUGUUUUACGACAUGUUUUUUAACUUUUUUAAAAAUUCACAAAUAGUAUUUUUCAAGUCAUUUUUGGAAGAUCACAACACUGAGUAGUUGUCAACAAGGCCGAAGAGAAAUAUCGCCAAAGGCUCGGCCGAAGGAAGCCAUUUAAACGCUCAUUUCGAAAUAAAAUUAAAAAUUCAGUUUUCUUUAUGUGGUUUAUACUAAAACAAUUAGACAACUCAGCCUCGUUGUCUCUGAUCGAAUGGUCAACUUGGCUUCGCCUCGUUGACUAUUCUCUCAUAGACAACUAAGCUUCCUUGUCUAAUUGUUAAAUAGACUUUUUAAUAGCUGUUAAAAACCACAAGGGAAAUUAUGAUCCCCCAAUGGUUCUAUUACCUAUGAUUAGGAUAGAAUUACAAUGGUGGAUAGGCAGCGUUGACAAUGUAUUCAAGGUUAUCAACCACGAGCUCCCAUCAAUUGCAAUCAAUACAGAUGCAUCAAAAAUUGGAUGGGGUGGUGUUCUUGAUGGCACAGCUUUUGAGGGACACUGGUCACCCCAAGAAUCGAAAGAGCAUAUUAAUUGCCUUGAAUUUAUAGCUGCUCUUUUUUCACUCCAAUCUCUAACGACUCACAUAAGCAAUACCCACAUUAGAUUGAAGAUUGACAAUACGACAGCAGUGGCUGUUAUCAACAAUAUGGACACUAGUCACUAAGUACAAUGUAACAAUGGAGUCUUAGAUAUUUGGAAGUGGUGCAUCGAUAAACGAAUCUGGGUCUUAGUGGAACAUAUCCCUGGCAAAUAUAACAUAGCAAGUGGAUGUGGAACCCCACUGUUUUACAUCAAGCACUUGACAAACUACAAGUUAACCCAGAUAUAGACAUAUGUUUGCAGUUCUUGUACAGCACAGUGCCAGACUGUUAUAUGCUACCAAGCUACCUACAAGAAGCACAGCCUCUACACAAGAAACUGGAUCUGCUGGUUGUCACUUAUCAGGGGACAGUUGCAGGCAAGCGGAUUUUCACAAACAGCUUCAGACAUUUUCAUGUGUGCCUGGCAGGAUGAAACUAAAAAGCAAUACCAAAUCUACCUUACAAAGUGGAAAAAUUACUGCAACUCCAAAGCGAUUAGGCCAGUUUCAGCUACUGUAAUUCAAGGUAUUCAUUUCCUGGCAGAACUAGUUGAUACGGGUAUUGGCUACAAUGCAGUUAAUGCAGCCAGAUCUGCCCUUUCAACCAUACUUGUAGUUAAUAAUUCUCUUAUGUUUGGUAUGCACCCUGUAGUGAAGAGGUUUUGGAGGGAAACCUUCGCUACCACGUUAGGAAGUUAUUUGGAAUGUCAAUCAAGUGUUAAAUAGACUGCGAUCUUGCACUUCUAUUGAAUGUAUUUCAUUUGUUGAACUUACAUUACGUUAUGUUGUUGGCUCUCCUCACUGGUUAACGAACACAAACGAUUCAUUGAUUGGAUGUUAACCAUAUGGACAUAUCAAAUAGGAAAUUUUUUUUCAUCUGACCGGUUUACAGUAACAGUAGAGACUAGGGAAACAUCUAAAACCUAUUGAAUUGAAAACGUUUGGCCAGAAGCAAAAGUUUGUGUAUUAUCCGUCGCUUUGCUAAAUUACCAAAAACCAUUUGGAUCAAGAUUGUAUUAAAGGAUGCAGAUAUUAAUACAACAACAUUUACUGCUCACAGUACCAAAGCAGCUACCACUAACGCUGCAGCCAAGGCAGGUGCCCCCAUAGAAAGUAUCUUGGAAUCUGCUGGAUGGUGCAACUGUGGAACUUUUGCUAAAUUUUAUAACAAAAAAAUUAAUGUGUCUUGUAAUCUUGGUUCAGAUUUGUUAGAGGCAAAUAUAGAGUGUGACAAUUAUUGGUUUUUUGUUCUUGUUCAUGAUCGCGUGAUUCCUAUGUGACGUAGACUAUGAUCAGAUUUUACUGCAAACUACAUAUACUGUAGAAGACAAACAAAACACGCCAACGAACACAAUUCAAGUCAUUUCAACUAUGUUGUAAUUUACGUAAACUAUAAAGGAAAGAUACAAAAUACACUUAAACAACACAUCUACAAGACCUUUAGCUGAUGAGCAAAUACAUUACGUACAUAUCUAACACAACAAUGAUCUUUUCGUACGGAUUUAAACUGAGACUGUCAGCAACGCACUGACCUUUACAAAACCUCUAAAACCAUUAAUAUCCCAGACUGCGAGCGGCAAUUAAUAUCUAAUUUAUACGAUUUUAAUUCAUGCAAAUUUAUGCAUGCAGCUACAUAUAAAUAAGGCAUACUUGUAAGUUGAAGUUUGAUGUGGAUUCUACCGAUUCAUAGUGAGGAACAUAGGAAUUACGUGCCCUUCCAACAAUUGUUAGACAAUUUUCGCGGCAUAAGAAAUGCUAAGAUGCUCACUCCCCGUAUAUGUUGGUAUUCUGUGCUCAUUCACUGGUAAACAUUGAUGUAGCUUGCUCGCGCAAUCUCACGUAAUUCCUACGUUCUCGACUAUGAAUUGGUAAAACCUACAACAAACCUCAACUUACAAGUGAGUUUCGCUUUACCUAAAGGUAAGGAAUUUCUAAUUUUUCAUGUGUUAUUAAGGACAAGUCAAUCUAACAUUUUGGUCGAAUAAGGCAUUUAAAUGUUGAGAACAUCCAUUUUUUUGGUCCCCCUCCUUUGGAAUUUUCAUUGAAUUUUUAGCUUUCCACAACUUUUUAAACUUUUUUAAAAGAGCUUGUUUAUAUGGAAGCCGGGCUAGCCUGCUAAGCUAGACAGCCCGAGAAGUGAGAUCUCAUUGUGUAGUUAUUUUUAUAGUAAAAAUUAUCAUUCGUUUAUAUGGACAAGCGGGCUGGCCUGCUUGCUGAAAUCUGGCUAAACACAAGAACCGAAAAUUUUUUUUAGAACCACUGAGUAUUUUAAUAAAAUACAAAACAAGUGAAACUCCAAAAAUCGAUAACAUUUUUAUUUAUCUACGUUUCGACUAUAUUUCAGUCAUCAUCAGGAUAAACUAGCUAGGUUAUAUAUCAAAAGCGGCAUUUAUAUGAAGAAAUAUGAUACAAUAAUUAGGUUGAUUAUUAAUGAAUUAAUUAAAUAUGAUUAGUUCUUUAGAAGCUUUAAGUCCAUGAUUAAGUUCAGGUUUAUAUCUUUGAAUAGCGAGAGAUUCUUGAUACAGUAAAAGGGACCAAUGGUUAGAUUUAUCAAUUAUUUUAGUGUUGUUGAAAACAUGUUCAGCCAUUAUACCGGUUUGAUCAGACUAGAAAUUGUUAAACCUCUCAUUAAUUCAGGACUAAUAAGAUUUUACAAACGUUAUUUUGAUGACACCCUUAUUCUUAUGAAACCAUCUGACGUACAAUUAAUUCUUACUAAGUUUAACUCUUUCCAUACUAACUUACAAUUCACCGUUGACGAAUUUAGCGACAAUGACAUCCAUUUCCUUGGCAUCAACAUCCACAUCCACCCUCUGGAACUUCUGUCUAUAGGAAGCCCACUUAUACUGGUCAAUACUCCCAUAUAUCAAGCUUCACUUCCUGGUCAAGAAAAAUUGCUUGGAUCCGUGCUCUUGUAAAUCGCGCCUACAAAAUCUGCAGUAAUGCCACUCUCCUGAACAACGAAUUAAAACAAAUCCAAAAUUUCAUGUCUUGGAAUGGUUUCCCUCGCAAAUUAACCUAAAAACUUAGUAACCAAUUUAAACCAUCACCACCAGUAUCUAAUGACAACGACAACGAAGCCACAAUGACUGAAUAAAACAAAACUGCUAAUAUACGAUGACGCAAAGUCUGAUCAAACCAGUAUAAUGGCUGAACAUGUUUUCAACAACACUAAAAUAAUUGAUAAAUCUAACCAUUGGUCCCUUUUACUAUAUCAAGAAUCCCUCGCUAUUCAAAGAUAUAAACCUGAACUUAAUCAUGGACUUAAAGCUUCUAAAGAACUAAUCAUAUUUAAUUAAUUCAUUAAUAAUCAACCUAAUUAUUGCAUCAUAUUUCUUCAUAUAAAUGCCGCUUUUUAUAUAUAACCUAUAGCUAGUUUAUCCUGAUCAUGACUGAAAUAUAGUCGCAACGUAGAUAAAUAAAAAUGUUAUCGAUUUUUUCGAGCCGACACUUGUGGGUUUCCGUAUUUGUAACAAAACCGCUAAAAAUAACACCUGUCUAUUGAUAUAAUUUCUCGCCGAAAUAAUAAUCUGAUUCGAAACAUUGCAACUUUGCAAGUGAGCCAAGUCCGUCUCUCCCUCCAUUCUCGCACCUCGCGCUCGAUCUCGUUGCUUCGCGAUUCGGAUUCUAGAGAGACGGACUUGAUCCAAGUCUAUUCAGCUACAUCGAGUAUUAAACUUGAACCGUUGCACUAUUGCCGAAAGGCUUUUGGUGUUGAUGCUGCUGUACAAGUUCUACCAGCUCUGCAAACGUCUUCUCUGAAGGUUUUUUUGGCGUAGUGAAGUUCCGAAUCAACUUACCACAAACACUCAAUAACAUCGCUUGUUGUUUAUCUUUGCCGUCCACGCUACUUUCUUCAAAGUAAAAUUCCAACUGCUCAGUAUACUCUCCAUUCCUCUUGUGGGUCAUAUUCUUCUAGUUUUCCAUGACUUCCCAUUUUAUCUCGUCGCCAAAUGUACCAUUUUGACCUUAACACACAACUAUAAUAAUUAAACUUUAUUAUAAAAGUACAGCUGGCUAGUUCUCCUCGAGUUUAACUCCCGGAUGUUACAAGAAUACACCUCAUUUUUGACCUGCAGCACUGAUCUAAAAUAAGACUAGAUAACGCAUCUAUAGUAUGGAAAAGUGAAGCCAAACGUCACCGGCCGCCACCCGAUUCUGGGGUCCCACUUUUAUAUAGAUUUGUAUUAAAUCAGUAUGUUAGUUUUUCGCGUCUUUUACCUUGGCUACGUUUCUUACCGAGUCAGUUUUACAAUCACAAAGAUACAAACAUACAAGAAGGUAUUUUAAAACUAUUAAGCUCAGUACGCUUUUGCUGACAAUGUAUAGCUGCUUCAUUUCUUCAAAUUUCCUGAGAAUAUUUGUCCUGCUGCAAUGGCAAUUCUGGUAUAUUUUGAGUUUAUUUUGUAGGGAAGCAGCAAAGCAAGCUCGUGUUGAUAAACAAAGUCUGGGGCUUUCCACUCCUUCAAAGUCUGCGGCGUUAUAUAGCCAUUAUCCAAAUUUUUUGCUCAAAAUUCUUCCUGUAUGCUUUUAUUUUUGCGAGUAGUAGCCAAGGCAAAAAACGCGAAAAACUACCAUACUGUAAUACAAAUCUGUACAAAAGUGGGGCCCCAGAAUCGACUGGCGACCGGUGACAUCCAGCUUCACUUUUGCAUACUAUAGAUGCGUUAUACAGUCUUAUUUCAGAUCAGUGGCCUGCAGUAGCAGCAGGCGUAACUCGGCGGUAAGCUAAGGGACAACACCCUAACUGUAUUUGUAACCCAUGACCCCUUUAAGGCCAUGUUACACCGGGUAAUUUUUGCUGCAACUUACAACGCAUUCCUGACAUAGAACUAUGUUAUCUAAAAAGGAGUCGCAGUAAAUUGUGCGCAUGGUCUACUGUUUACUUUGCCGACAUUUUUAAUUAUAUUUCUUUUAUUUUUCAUCCCCUUGCAGAGUAGAAUGCGGGCAAUGUUGACAAUUUCUUGGAAUAUCAUGACCUGUCUCGGUAAUUGCAUGGCAAUUUGCGGUAACAUGGCUAUAUAUCCAAAACUGCUUUGUAAUUGUAGCAAAAGUUGCCUCGUGUAACAUUUCUUUUGCAGUAUUAUUAUAAUUUUAAAUUACACUUUUAGAUUGUAAUUCUUUACUGAUAUGGAACCUUAAAUGUGGAACGAUGCUCCAUAGAGUUGAUAUUACACAUGAUAUCAGAGCGUUAGCAGUGGUGCCAGGAAGUGAAUUUCUAUUGUCAGGUUCGCUUCGUCAUAAGACGCUGAAAUUGUGGAAUCUACGCAAUGGGCGGUUUGUUGAAGAGUUUCAAUUCGACCAUGGUGUUGAAACUAUAGCAUGCUCCUCAAAUGGGAUGGUUUGUGUCGGCCUACGAGGUGGUUGGGUCUGCUUUCUGCGUUUCAAUAAUUUAUCCUAUCAUUCAGGACAACUCAAACAACAAGGUUCAAGAGGGUCAAAACAAAUACAGGGUGUGUAAAAAAGCACCUUAGCUAUUGUGUUAAUCAAUAAAUUUUUUUCACAGCAACGGCGGAACAAAAAUUUCUGGUUGAAAUCGCAUUUUCUAACCGCUGGGAAUUGAGUGCAAAACUAUUGAAAGUAAAUCCCAUUUGGAUCGAAAAUUUUUAAAUUUUAAUUUAAAAAGCCUUAAAUAUGGUGUGAUAAAUUGGUCACUUCUACGAAGGUGGAAAAUGUGAUUUUGACCGGCAAUGUUUAAUCGGCUUGUACUGUAUUUGGUUAUUUGUGCUUGGAAUGAAACAAGAAAGGUUUCAUUCAUAAGAUAAAACCCUAAUCUUUAUUAAUAUGAAAAAAUAAAUUUUUGCGCUCAAUAUUGAGCGCGCAAGAGCACCCGAUUGCCUUUUUCUAGAUGCACCCUGUACAUAGAUUGGGAAGACGAGCACCUAUGCCGCAAGAAUCUUUCUAGGAGUCCGAGGGCAUGCUCUCCCCUGAGAAGUUUUGAAUUCCAAGGUCAGGUUGGAAACGGAUCAAAAGUAGGUUGAAUAUAAAUAUUUGUGGUAAGAAUAUGAAUAUUUCAGGUAGGAAUAUGAAUAUUCAUAGUAAGAAUAUGAAUAUUUGAAACACAAUCGGAAUUAAUAUUUUCACA